AUGACACAAAAAGGUAAGGAUAGUAUUAGACUAGUGACAGUUGCAGGAGAGGAAUCUGUCGGGAGCUAUUAACAGUUUAAUUGAUACGCUUUUAUGCAGAAGUGGGUUUUUAACGAUUUUUUGAAGGAGUGGAGACUGGGUGAGCAUCUAACGGAGGAGGGAAGUGAGUUCCACAGGAACGGUGCAGCCCUCGAGAAAUCUUGAAGGCGAGCAUCAGAGGUGGGAGUACGGACUGAAGAUAGACGUAAGUCUUCAGCAGAUCGUAAGGGCCUAGACGGGACAUACUUGUGUAUAAGGGAGGAUAGUAAUGUGGGAGCAGCAUUAUGUAGAGAUUUGAAAGCAAGAACCAGAAUUUUAAAUUGAGCUCUCUAUUUUAUAGGAUAUAGGAUAUUUUAUAUAUUGAUUGUUAUUACCAUAAAUUAAUAUACAAGUGAUAUAUAUGGUCAUCUCCUUCCCCAUGGGGGCACACGUGGCAGAUGCAAGCAAUACCUCAUUUUUACAUGUAAAUGGUUUGGCCAUAAUACGCAGUUUUCUAUCACCUCUGUGCAUGGGAUACUUUUCUGUGAGCUGGGAGUCUAUAAUUACUGGACCAGUUUGUUUAUUUGGAUCUUUGUACAUGGGAGACUGAGAUUUAUAAACCUGUAUCAAACUUGUGUACGUGCAGCUACAAAUGUUACCUUAUCUUAAAACUUCAACUACGCAAUUGUUAAUUAAAAAUGUCACCUUCCCUAUUGUGAUUAUUCAUUGUAUGUAAGGGGUUUUCAGUUGUUUUGAUACACUUUAUCUAACUUUUCUAGUAACUUGAUUCCUUACGAUAAAGAUUAAAAAAGUAAAAGUACACAUUUUUGUAUAUGCAAUGAAGAUAGGAGUAUACCAUCAUGCCCAAUUCAUUGUAUAUACAGGUGACAGAUGCAUUGCCAUCAUCUCUCCAUCCCCAUGUGUAUAUUUGCGGCAGAUGUCUGUCUGUCUCUCUCUCUCUCUCUCUCUCUCUUUAUAUAUAUAUAUAUAUAUAUAUAUAUAUAUACACACAAAAUAUACAAAAUGCUUGCACUCCAUGAUUGAGAAUAUAAAUGCCCGGUGCUGGUCAGGCACAAAAUAUAGAACAAAAGGGAAAAUGACCGCACUCCAAGGCCUUCAUACAGUUAAAGUAAAAAAUAACUUUUAAUUCAUAUCAUUAAAAAUAUCGACGUUUCAGCCCCCAUACAUGGGCUUUCAUCAGGAUUUUUAUUGCCAUUAUAAAUAUAUAUAUAUAUCAAACGUGGCCAUUAUCUCCAUACAAGUAGUUUUCAUUACCGUAUAUUUAUAACCAAAGGAGAAUUUCAUAAAUUACCAUAAAUUAGGUUUCUGUCCCCGUUCUGGUGGUCUCUAGACUGCUGAAUGCAUUGAAAAAUGCUGUCUGACUGUUUUGGGGGAAUGAAUAGCUAGGAUAAUUAGCAAUGAAUGCAAAAUUAAAUACUCAAUAAUCGGAGCAGAGAAACUGCACAAAACAUAUGCUGAGAUCGAGAUAUAUUCAGAAGGAUGUGAUAAUGUUUUAUUUUAUUUAAUUUUUUUUGCUGUCCCCGCAGUAUUCCGUAUUGACUAUUAUAAGUAUAUAUAUAUAUAUAUAUAUAUAUAUAUAUAUAUAUAUAUAUUUCUAAUUCUGUCCAUAAAAAAAAUUAUCAUACAAGAUAUGGGAUUUUUAAAUAGACAGAAUAUGCACACUGGAAAGACUUUGUGAAGUGAAACGGUUAAUAUAUCCACAACAGGUGCUCUUAUGAGUUAUCGAUUAUUACCAAAAUUUAAUCGUAACCUAGUCCCAGGUAUGUUUUGGGCUGUAGUGGGAGCUCCCAUGAGAACAACUUACGGAGAAUCUGAGUGAAAGUACAUAAACCACAUUCAGCUGCUGUUUAACUUAAUGCUUAGUUUAUUUGUGUUCGGAUGUUAGUAGUCUGUGUCCAGUAACACGUGGAAUAGAGUAGCGUGUGUAAACCAAGAUUGGCCACUUACCAUCAGAUUGUUCUACAGUCAUCAGUCCACAGCCGGCAGUCAAUAAAGAGCCAGAGGUCAGAGAUAACUAACCGAAUGUUAGGUCUUGGAGCCACGUAUUGUGCAUUAAUACAGUGGAGCAAACGGUUGAUCGUUUCAUCUGCAUAUACCACAGUAACUCCUAAUACUCAAAAUUAUUCAUUGCAUGACAAAAGUAAAUUAAACUUCAAAGCAUGAAAUAAUGGUUCUUUAGAGCAAUAACUCACCGGCAUUCCUACUGUAAACAGAUCCACUUGAUAAAUAGUACCAGAUAAUUUCUGUUAUAUUGCCGUGCACGGAUACACACAAUUUAUUAAAUCCAUAAACUCUUUAGAUGGAUGUGUCAUUUCAGGCAUACAAUCUGGAAGGUGUGCGUAAAGCCAACCAAGUCAUGUAUUCAACUCCUAGUCCCGCGCAGUGCCUGGGGUAUUUACAAUUCAUAGAGCAGCCACAAUUAAGGCCACGCCACUACUGGCUUCAGGGAGGACUUCGCCCCAGAGAGCAACUUGGGGGAACAAACUUGAUGCAACUUAUUCGAAAUAUUCACAGGGAUUUGUGCAGUCUGGGUUGUGUCUGGGGCAAGUUUACAGGUUUAAUAGUUAUUACAUUUUGAGUUAGGGUUACGGUUAGGGUCAGUUGUUGCUUUAUCUUAACCCCAAAUUUUAUUCUAACCGUAAACCGAAUUCUAACACUAUGUGUAACGCUGUCUUCCUUGAAUCCUAUAGUUUGUAAGUUUAACCCUAAAUGUAUGGCACAUAGUGAUGCUGCCCUCGCCCUUACCCAGACCGUAAGUAUCCGCCUAAUUCUCACUAAUUGCAGAAUAUUGCCAGCCGCCCUCUAAAGACACAACAUGUAACCAUGAUAAGAAUAUGGGAACAUAUAAUAGAAUAUCUAUUAAAAAUCCUCAAAACAUAAAAGAAACCAAUGGAAAUAGAAUAUUAAAACACAAAGGCCCCCACUAAAAAGCCAAUAUGCAAGUAAAAAGAGGGAUAAUAACUGUGUUUUAUUCAUGGGACUGCAAUUGCUUAUUUGAUAUCCCCAUUCAAGCCAUUCCAUGUUAUUUGUAUUCCAGUUUUACUCACUGAUUGUGUACCUCUCUUCAUACACUAUGUGUUUAUUGUCCCCUAUUUAUUAUAUUCUCUCACAUCACUUCUGGCUUUUUAGUAGAAUUUCUCUAGUUAAUAUUCCUCUUUUAACGACGUGUAACCAGUCUCUAUUGGGAGUAAAUGACACAGGUAAUCCAGCUAAUAAAAUGUAAUUUAUUUCACACGUAAUGAACUUACAAUUAGAGACAAAUAGUGUUUUAUACUCCCUGAUUUUACACUCUAAUAAUAGUUAUAUUCAUAACAUCUCCUUAUAAAUAUGAAAGUAUUAUUUAAAACUCCUCAGUGUUUCUUAUUAACAUGAGCUAUUGUAUCACCCUUCACAUUGCAUGUAGAUAGUGUAUAUUAUCACAUAUAUUAUUAUUUUACGCAAACUGUGAGCUCUGGUAGAAACUGACAAUACCCAAUCCCAGUUCAUUAUUAUCACUCUGCUUCUAAGAUGGCUUCCAAUCCAGUUCCCAUUUUUAGUGAACAGUCGUACGUAUCACAUUGAAUGGCGUAUGCUGAUGAUUUAUUAAAUAAUUUGCCUGUUUGUUAAAAUAUUCAUAAACGAGCUGAGUAAUACGGUUUCCCUUACAGUCAUCAGCACAAUUUCCAUAAACAAUUUCAUUAAUAGCAACCAAAGCUAUUUUUACAGACCUAACAAUUAAUUAUCUUUAACGUCUUAGAGAAAAAUUCAGGCUAACUAUAACUUUAUACCUUCUCACUGGCAUCAAAAUAGUUUUUUUAUUUUUUAUAUAUAACUCUAAUAUAACUAUAAAUAACAAAAAUGACUUACCUCUGUAUUUCAUACUUGGCAGGGUUGCACUGCAAUAUCCCCAUUUUGGAGGUGGAUGUGGGAAAUUCUAGCUACAAGAAUUGAUACUAAAUCCAGCUGAAACGGUUAUCCAAUGUGUUUUCUUAUAUUUAGUAAUGACUUGAUAAAGUAAUCUUUAACAAAGCAUUAAUACAGAACUAAGGCUCUGAUUUAGUAUAUUUGCAUACGCUUUUCAAAUUAUUUAAUAUUUUUGGAUAUACUUUUAAAAUAAUGUUUUCAAAAUGUUAAAAUAUCAAAAAUAUAUCAUACAAUUUCCUGCCUCCAAUGCAUGCCCUUUCUCUCUUUUUUCCAAUUUUUCCCUUUUUCUUCCUCAAUUUUCUUAUUCCUUUCUUCCGUUUCCCAUCCCUUUUCCACAACGGGUGUUGAUGAAUCCGUAGACUGGUGAAAAUCUGAUUCAUCCCCCCCAAAGCUUGCAUUCCAGAACAACAAGAUACGUAUAAAGUCACAUUUUUAUUACAUUAUUACAUUUUACAUAGUUACAUAGGCUGACAAGAGACAUGUGUCCAUCAAGUCCAGUCUUCCUCAUAUUUGUUUUUUGCAGUUGAUCCAAAAGAAGGCAAAAAAAACCCAGCUUGAAGCACUUCCAAUUUUGCAACAAGCUAGGAAAAAAAUCCUUCUUGACCCCAGAAUGGCAGUCAGAUUCAUCCUUGGAUCAAGCAGUUAUUACCCUACAGUACCCUACAAAUUAUAUAGUUUAAUCAUUUUAGCGAUGUUUUUUUGUCUCAUGUCAUUGCGUUUUUGCAUUGAGGAUAAUAAAAAUGCAGGCUUAGGAGGCAGGGACGUAAGGUUUCCAGAAAACCAGGAUGUAACAGUGUUCUGGAAAGGCUGUGUGUAUUUAUCCAGAAUCUCUAUUAUUCUAGCCAACGGGGGAGCAGACCCGGAUGUCUGGAAUUAUUUUUUGAUGGAUUUUGUUUACUUCUGUAUCUGGCCCAAAAUGUAAAUAUCUUAUUUGUGCUGCAGAUGAGACAGCAAAGAAUACGAUCCCAUAGUUCAUUGAGUGAGUCAGCAGAAACCUGCAGCAUAUAUUUAUAUUUACAUUUAGUGUCUUUUAUUUCAACCGGCAAAUCAUUUUUCAACUCCUUUAUUUUACCUGUGAAUAAAUGUUACACUGUGCACUGUGACUUAAUGUGUCUCACACUGUGCGGGGCCCCAGAUCUCAGUGCAGUGUUGAACAUGAGAAUAGUGGGAGUUACCUGCCAUUCAUACACACAGAGACCAUUACUGUCCAAUCAUAGACUGAGCAGUACUGCACUAUACUGGCUCAAUUGCCUGCCUCUUGAGUUUGGCUUCAAUUAGCUAAACUACUAGGACAAUUUAUAAACAUGCCAAUUUUACUGAAAUCUGCACUUUUAGAAAAUGAAAUAAAGGGGACCUGCUUUUCACAGCGAGCUGGAGAGCUGUGUGUGUUUGUAAUGUUCCUUUAAGGGCAACAGUUGAAUGAUCUGUGCUUUUAUAUGAUUUAAAGACCCCUUCCCCAUCUCCAGGUCAGAACUAAACAAUUAGUGCAAUUAGCAAUAUAUCGAUACCAAAAGUCCACAUGAUCACCGAACAUGCAUUGACUGCCUCAUGAGGCCAACUACAUAGAGAGCAGGAUCAAAAGUAAUAAACAUUUGCAUAAUCAGCAUAUAAUUAAAUUUUAUAAGGUAUAUGCUGAUUAUGCAAAUGUUUACUACUUGAUCUUGGUGCUCUCUAGUUGACCUCAUGAGGUGGUCAGUGAUCGUGUGGACUUAUGGUAUUGAUAUAUUGCUGAUUGCACUAAUUGUUUAAUUACACACUCUUUAUUGUAUGUGCUAUAUAUAAUAUAUGAUGUUCACUUGAGGGUGGUAGCUGGAUAAAAACCUUAGCAGAGGUUGAAACGUUUCUUUGUUCUCCAAUAAAGCUGCCUUAUUGACACAACUUGAGUGACUGGACCAUCUUGUUCCUUCUACUAUUGACUGAGGUCUAGCACCAGGUCCAGCUAAGCACCUUGUUUGUGGCGGGAGUGUGGGACACCCCUUGUUCUUACAGUGCAUUAUUUUCCAUGCUUUGGCAUAGUUAUUUUGUAUCUAACUGGGAACAUUCCUUUUAGAGACGUCAGGUGGACAUCAGAGGGAGUGCGGUGUGUCUUCAACAUUCAUCCACUUUGUAGACUCCUUCAUGCCUUUCCAUGAAAGAAACUACUUCAGUGUUCAUGAACCGCUUACAUAGGACUCUGCCAGUUCUAUUUUUGGAUUGUAUUGCUCUGUUUGCAGGAAAAAUCACUUUGUGUCUUUUUCUUAAAGGGUUAAUGAAUCAAAAUGAAACCUAUUUUCAGACCAUGAUAUGGUAAGCUUAGUCUAUAAUAGAGCUUAUUGGCAUGAAUAGGAUACUUGGGUUGAGUCAAUUUGCCGCAGACUAAAGGGAACUUUAUAAAGGCAAAUACAUGUGCUAUGUGGUAAAUAGCAGAGCAAUCGCCAUGGGAACCAACAGAAUGUUUUUAGCAGUUUGCACCCAGAAUAGCCUUGAUGAAUCUCCUUCAAUAUGCAUUAAGAGUGCACAGAUCUACAGAACUGGAGCGAUAAAACAAAUCAAAAAAAUAAAUUUAUUGUCCUUAUUUUCACAAUGUAGUUCUUUAAAUUGAAAAAAAAACAAAAACAUAGUUUGUAAAAGCAAAUUCACCUCCUUCUCAACGAGGUUCAGAUUUCCUUAAUAUGUGGAAAAAAUGUCUUUGAAAGAACAUGUGCCAUUUUCACCCACUAUGUUACUGUUGCACUUUUGAUGCAUCAAUUAAAUGAAAACACAGAUUUACGCUUCAGGGGGUCUUCUGUCUGGUCAUGUAAUGAUGCUCCACAUCAGAGACGGGGAAUGGUGGGUUUUCUUAUUGAAACGAAAUGAAUGUGUUGAUGUGGAACUCGUUCCAACAUAACGUUUCUGGGUAGAAUAUUACAGAGCGCUGAUUGCUCAUGCUUUGAAUGUAAAUUAAGUUAGCCAUAGGGAAUCUGUGGUAGUCUCGGGAAUGAAGCAUGAAUUUGGAUGUGUGCUGAGUAUUAUUGGAUGCGUUUAUAUCAACAGCUGCCGUUAGGAAGCCAGUACUGGAACUGAGAGGGAUAGAAUAAAAUCGUGCAAAACUACUGAUGGAUUUAGCAAGUUUCAGCUGUGCUUCUCAGUCAGACAGCUGGAUUCAUGGUCUGAUUCAUUCACAGUCCGAGCACACAGCAGGCUUCAGCUGUCAGGUGGCAGAAACAGGGUUUCAACUAGACCUGUUCAGAAAUGUGUUUCCUCCAUAAAUCAAUUGAUUUGUCAGAAUAAAAAUCCUUUUAAUUCACACUAAACAAACUGAAAUAAGUUAUUUUCAAGUCAAAUCGAUUUGAGUGGGAAUUAAAAGGAUUUUGAUUUGAACUAAUUGAUUAGUUUACGGACGAAACAUUUUUUCACAAGUCUAUUUAGAUUCAAACCGCUACUAGGAGAAGAUACUGCGUUAAAUGAAAAAAUUAGCUAAAUGGCAAUGACUUUGUAAACGCCAGUCAUGGGAGGCCCAUACAUCAGCUUUCAUAAGACAAGACUGCUGGCUAUGUUGUCUUUCCAAAUGCACUUUUUCACCCCUCAUAUACCGAGGUCUCCUUGCAGUCUCUUUUUAUUAUCUCUUUAUCCUCUCAAUCUUCUCUCUUUUCCAGAUUUUCUCUUUCUUUUUGUCUUCCAGUUUCUUUUUGUAGUGUCUUUCUAUCACCGUUACACACUGCAUGUCUAUUCCCUUACCAGCUUUUUGUCUCCCAUGUCCACAUUCCCCAGUUACCCCCAGUCUCAUUUCCUCUGUUUUGCUGUCCCCAUCUAUCAUUUUUAUCCAGAAACAACCAAUUUUCCCAAUUUAAAUUUUCCCCAACCUCCCUUAGCACAUUAGCGAUCAGUCUCCUUUACUCUCCUCUGUGUGAUGGGUGGUUUGUGGGUAAUUAUAUAGAAGUGUAUGGCAAUUUAAUUUGUGGUGGACUACAUAUAUGGGAUGGUUGUGUUUGACAAUCUUAUUUUGUGUGACAUCAUUUAUCAAAUAAGAAAUGGUAUUGUGGGUCCUAUAGUUUACUGUGGAGCGUUUGUGCUCUGAUCAUAAACUUUUACUAUUUGGCAUUGCGUUGAGUUACGGCAGCCAAUAAAUGGCCAAAUUUUCACACAAUCGUAACAAAGUAACCUCUAUUUGUACACCAGGCUAUACGGAGCAGUAGCUUUAAUCAUAUAUCAUUAUACCAUAAUAUGAAUUUAGAAGAAAACAAUAUAUAUUUUAUGAGCCUUUCUCUUGUUUAGCUGUAAAGCUUAUUCCAUUUGAAGCAAAGCUUGAAAAGGAUGACAUCUUCUAAAAGUACAAAAUAAAUCCAAUUCUGGACUAAAUGACACAGGCAUCGACCCAAUCUCCAUGAAGUAUGUGAGAUGCCUGCAUUCAAUCAGAUGGUUCUACCUGCAGCAGCAAAACACAAUUCUAUUUGUUGAUAUGUGAUGGGUGGCAGGACUUUAUUCAUUCUAAGGACUGAUUUCUGGAGGGCUCAAGGUAGUGUUUCUUUGAAAAACAUAUUUGAACAAAGUAUUUGCAAAGUAUGAACACCAGCUGGUUUACAGAACUGCUUCCAACUUAGCUCUUGUGUCUUAGGAAUCCCCCUUAUCUUCUUGGUUCUCCACAAUUCCAGCUUUAGAGAAUAACCCACAAAUAAUAGUCUUGUAGAUAAAUGAGGACGAAUAUUCUGUACGCCUUGAUGCUGUGUAUAGCUCAAUCAAGCUUGGACUUGGGGCUACAAGCCCGUCAAACAUGAUGUGAGCUGGCUUUGUCCCUGCAGUCACGUAACAAGUGGGGCAUCAAGCACAGUCUCUUGUGUACAUUCCCCAAUAUGUACUGUGUAUAUUUGUGAUAAUAAAAAUAAUGCCUUUUUGUCUUUGAAGUGACUGACCUUCGUCUCCCUUCUUUAAACGUCCAGGUAGUCUAGGGAUAGCUAUCUUCCCAUUGCAUAGUCUAUACGCCAAGAGCAGUGUCUUGUUAAUAUCAUUUGCAAGAGUUUCAAAAUAAAAGGUUUACUACUGUGAAAACAACCAAGAUUACAGAGGUAAUUAAUCUGUUGGCUUAUUUCAUGUAUAAUUGCAAUCAUUAGAAAUUCUAAGUGGAAAUAUAGCAAAAACUAAACAAAAAAAAUUGUCUCAAUAAAUGGUAUAUCAGACAAAUAGUAAAAUAGAGAUUUAAAUCCUAUUUCUACUAGAAAUGACAAGAUUAUAGAAGCGUGAACAGCUCUAAACCAAUUCCCGAGAGCAUUUCAUUGAGUGUGCAAAACCAUUCGCUUUCCUGUGGUGUGAUCGUUGGGUUGAAAUUGACAUUUUAAAUUCUCUUCCAUUUUUCAGAAUUCACUGUAAUAUCAAACCAGCCAUUCUGAAUUUCAGUCUGUACAUGGAGAAUUGCUGCUUUCUGAGAUUAAAAAAAUACUACUUUCUUUAAAUGAUCAAUUUCUUUAACCCUUAUACUGGCACCAUCUAUACACAGAAUUGGUGCAGUUCUGCAUUACAAUAAUAAAAUGAAUAAAUCUAUUUUAAACAAACAUUUCUAUAGAGUUCUAGAAGUAGCAGCCUGGGCAGAAUAAAUUGGUAACCGUUGUGGGCAUAGAUCAUGGCAAUGCCGUUUGAAGUACAGAUGCCUGGUUUUAGCUAUGUGACUGUAUUUAUUAUAUAUGCCAAUUUGACACACAGUCAUUAUACUUAUAUUCUGAUAGCAUUUGGGGAAUGUGCAUUAUUAAAAAUAGCACAAAAUUCUUUACAAAAAGCAGAUGGGUAUUUGAGCAUUUUAGUUUGUACCUACUGCAUAAUAUUCGAAUGAGCUAUCUUCUUUAAUUCUGAAUUUGCAAACCGGAUUAUAAAUUAGUAUUUUCCAACCCCUGAUAAAUUGAUCUGUGAUUGUGUUUGCAUUGACACCGGUCUUUAGAUAAUUGUAAAAGAGAAAUAGAUUGUUCAGGUUUUAUAAAGAGAUUUGGUUGAUUUUAGAAGAAGAGUUGCAAAUGCAAAUACUGCACAUAUAUCUUUGCCAGUAGCAACAAUGGAUUUUACAUUAAAAAGAAAAUUUAGAAAGAGAGAGAGUCAAUACAUUGUUAAACACAGAUCUGUACACACCAGAAAAGAAAUGUCUUGCUUUUUACACAGAACUCUCAAAGUUGCAGCGAUGUUACUACUUCAAGGGAUUCUGGGUGGGCAUAUGCAUAUUAGUUCAACUCAGAACUUGAAGAGGCCAGCUGAAUUUACAAUGGUGGAAAAAGAGGACACUUUUCUUUUGAAAAAGGGGAAGGAAAAAUGUAUAUCUCCGUUGCAUUGAGUAUAUUCAAUAUUGACUGUUUGUGCACACAAAAAAAGCAGCAGAAAUCUUUUUUUUGACAGAUUUAAUAAAUUACACCAAAAAAUUGCUGAAAAUUACAAUAAAAUUGUCUCUAACAAUUUGACAAAUCUCAUCCAUUGUUAAUAACGAAAAACAACUGCAUGGGUUUUCAAAAUGUCACUACUGUUUAAAUGACGUAAAUGACGUUGCAUUAAAAUCUCCACGGAACUAGUGGGAUAUCUCGAACGAAUCCUUACAUUCAACAUGUAUUCGGUCAUUCUGUGAUAUCUAACAGUGGCAAUAAAAAGGAAUAUUUAAUAGGCAGCCCUGCACUUACAUACAUCGUUCGUGUAUGUCAAAACAUCAGGUAUUUAUACGAUAUCCCACUGAUUUAAAUUUGAAUAAUAAUAAACCAAUUUUGAGAAGCGUAAAAUUUCAUUGUAAUGACUUUAUCUUUUCAAAGUCACCUUGUAGUCGGGCAAUUUUCUGCAAGAAUGAGCCUGCUGCCAAACGAAAGGAAAAAUGGUAAACAAAUCAGUCUUUGUUUUCACAAAUUAUUUAACAGAUCUGGGCCCUUUACAUUGCUUGCAACGUACAUCGCCUCACUUCACUGAAGCAAUAAUCUGUUUUUCUCAAAGGUGAAGUAAGCAGUCAUUAUGACAAAUGCAAAUUGCUAGACACAUUUUUAUGUUCUCGUAGCGGCAAAUGUAUGUUGUAUGUUAAAAAAAAAAAAAGACUUUUGGGGCUUGUGUUAAUUAGAACCCCCGGCUCAGCAGCAGAUUUUUAAUAAAAUCCAAAUAUAAUCCAAAUACCAAAUGUAAUUGUAAAGCUGUGAAGUUGUACUUUUACUGCUAAAUUUUCCACAGUUAAAAUAUUUCAGAGAUAAACAUAGUUUGAAUAGAUUUUGAAGUGGAAUUGUAUCUAAGUGCAACCAAAGUAAAGAUUAAAAAAAACCUGCAAUAUUGUAAAUCUCUGUGGAAUGCGUCGGCACGUUAAUAAUAAAAAAUAUUCAGACGCAGGAAGGCUGUUUUUUAAUUUUUUUAUUUUGCCUCUCAGUAGUUCUAUUUCUAAUGAAGUUGAUGAUAAAUUGUGGUCUGGGGAUAAAUACAAGUAUUUAAAACCAUAGAAAUCUUGAAUAUAUGUAACUAGUAUAGAUGUUUAUCGAGCAAUUUACCUCCAAGGCUGCAAUCAGAUGAGUUUUUCUUUGUUUUAUGAUCUCUGUGAGCUAUUUACUUUACCACAGACAUAAAGCCAUCGUUCAGCUGUCAAUAUCUUCCCAGAGGAGAACGCAGGCUGCAGGUCGCAGACCGAAAGGCAGUAUUUAGUCUUUUUGGCUACGUGGCACAGUAAAUUUAAUGCUCGUAUCCAUUGCUACGUUUUUACAUGAUGCCAUUUAUCAAUGAUAAAUAAUGUCUUCUCUUCUUGAUGAUAGAAGUGUCCAGUGGAUUGAAUAAUAAAAUCUUCCAUGACAAAUUGGCAAAUCAGAAUGUUAAAACAGAGAACACAAGAAUGUGGAAAAUGUAUUUAUUUCCUGUGCUACCUAUCAGGAGAGAAAUGAUUUGUUGAUAAAACCAUGUGCCGUCAUUGCUAUGAUAGGAAAUUAAUUUAGAUAACACAUUAAGGCUGUCUGGGAAUGAAUGGUUAAAUCUGGAUACAGACAAAUCGAGGCUGUCUGGGAAUGAAGAAUUUAUAGUCACAGUGUCAUGGCUUCUGCCCCUUCAGGCCUCUGCCGAACACAAAUUGAUGCCAUGCUUCAUUCUCGCAUUGUUUAGAUGCAGACCACGUUUUCCUUGUCGUUUUUUAUUUUUUUACUCCGUGCAGCCUGUGUUAUUCUUUUGAGCCACAGCUUUCCGUAUCCUUUCCAUAUUGCAAGUCAUGCCCAUUUAAAGCCACUCCUCUUUUUUUUUUAUUGCCCUGUCAUGGUCUCUGUUGCUCGAGUGUGUUUAUUAAUUCUGAUUGUUCUUUUGGUUACCAGCUUGGCUUGUUCAUUGUUUAUUUAUAAAAUAUUUUACCCAGAAGGAUACAUUGAGAUUUAUCUCGUUUUCAAGUAUGUCCUGGAAUAUCAUUGUCCCAGAUCUCUAUAUUGCUGCCUCUGGCUUCUUCUCUGAUUCUGUGUUUCUUUGCUCCCUGACCUCGGCUUGGUCCUUUGACUCAUCUCCAUUUGUUUUCAGACUAUCUAUCUAUAACGUUUAGCCGACCCUGUAAGAACAAGUAAUACGUUUCUGAUACAGUUUGCCCAAGGUUUGCAUGUUGGAGGUAUAUUAUACUUGACACACCGACAUGGUGAGGCUGCCUGGGACUAAAUCAAUCAGAAUGACAGCUGAUGUCUGGGAUUGAAGGAAUCAAGUCAAAGUACAAGAUCAAACCAUUGUAAAAGAUCCCAUGUCGAUCACUAGAGCCAUAUGUUGGUGCCAGUUACAUGUAUCAAACUGUGACCAUUCACCAUGACUGGUACUGCAGCCUAGAUACCCAAAUACACAUUUUCAAGAUCCCCCAACAUAGUCUUAUUAUGUCAGUUCCCAGUUUUACUUCCGGUGUAUUAGCACUCGUGAAGGUCAUGUCCCAUGUACUGGCACACUCGUGAAUGUCACGUCCCAUGCAUUGGCACACUCGUGAAUGUCACGUCCCAUGUGUUGGCACACUCGUGAAUGUCACGUCCCAUGUAUUGGACACUUGUGAAUGUUACGUCUGGUGUAUUGGCACACUUGUGAAUGUCACGUCCAGUGUAUUGGCACACUUGUGAAUGUCACAUCCGGUGUAUUAGGACACUUGUACAAGUCAAUGUCAGUCCCUUAAUGUCUUAAUACCAGCAGCAACUUUCUUGUAAAAUCUUUGUCAUUUUUAACAAAACCCUGACCAGGCCAAAACACCAACGGUUGGUAUUCACAUAAGGGAAGUGUAGUAUGGUUUGAUGUGAAUGGGGAUUUGCCAUUUUUUAUUUUGGCAGUUUUGUUCCUACAUAUUUUGUAUCACAGAAGAUCUAAGCAGAUCAGUUAUUGCAUAGUGCCCCAGUUAUUCCAUGUGGAAAUCUCAAAAAAAAAAAAUAGGAUAACAUGUUGCCAGAUCAGUUUGUUCAGUCUCUAAAGUCAUUAUCCAACUAUUUACACCAUUUAUCAUUGGUGCCCACUUACCCGCUUAUACUGCAUGGGAAUUGAAGUUCUGGCUUUUGCUAUUCUAAUGUCUGUACAGAUGUUGUGAGUAGCCUGGGCGCAGCUAGGAGGCAAAUAAUCCAUUAACCCAGAAUCCAAAAAUAGAAGUUAAUUCCACCAUGCAGUCAGACCAUGUACGGCUGACACAUUUUCGCACAUAUAAUAAAUGAAUGAUUUUGAUAGAAGGACUAAUUGGCCCCUCUAGUCAUGUCACGGAGGCAACACCUGUGAUUCUUGGAUGAUAUUACUCCUUGUUUUCUUUCCAGUUUGUGGAACCUUAUGGUUCUAAAAAGAGGUGUUUAAUAUGCAGAAUGCUGUACACAUAACUCUAUACCCUAUAACCGCUAAAUCUGUCUGUUUUCUAUAGCAAAGGUUAACCAGUUUGAAACUGGUCCAUUACCAAUGUCCUGGUCUCUCUCAAACCGAAGAUGGGUGACAUUUAUGUUGCAUAAUUAUGGCAGAGUAUGUUCCAUCUACGGUACCAUAUGUUAUAGAGCUUCAAAAAUAGUUUAUAUAAAAUAUAAGGAUACCAAUAAAGAGUCAAAUAUGUACAAAGUUUUUGGCUUUUAAGCAAAACAAACAAAAAAAACUUUAAUUGUACAAGAAUCCAACUUGACCUUAGCUUGCCAUAUCUAGAUUCCUCUCUAAUCUGUAUUUUUCUACGAAAUCUUUCCCACCCACAUUCUUCAAACCUAGAGUUCCCUUUCCUGCAUUGAUAAUUGUUUAGACUCUCAUAAUCAUAGAAUUUUUACUUUCCCACAGCUAUGGGACAAGUUCUAUUGACUUCAUGUUCCCUUUUUCGCUGAUUUACGAACUUGGGACUAUAUCCACACAGUUUACAUCACAUACAAGACAAUGACUGAACUCACUCAAUAGACUUUGUUAUUUGGAAACCUUCUCAUCCCCACCAUUCUAUUAAUUUACAAUUAUGGUUGUAUUCGAAUUGUAUUAGUUAAUUCUAUACCAACCAUAUGUGUUCACAAAUGGACAACUUCACUCCCCUCACUUACCACUGAAGAUAUUCUCAUUGCCACAAACAAAUAAUUUAAGCUUCUUCUGGUUCCUUUGUACCAAGAGAUGCUUCCAUGGAAUUCAUUAUAUGCCUAUUUGGCUCCCGACUCCCAGUAUCCACCAAACCUGACUGACACUUCUAAAUGCUUGAAAUGUAGUAAGGAGAAGGCUGGCUUAUUUCAUAGAAACAUAGAAUGUGACGGCAGAUAAGAACCAUUCGGUCCAUCUAGUCUGCCCAAUUUUCUAAAUACUUUCAUUAGUCCCUGGCCUUAUCUUAUAGUUAGGAUAGCCUUAUGCCUAUCCCACGCAUGAUUAAACUCCUUUACUGUGUUAACCUCUACCACUUCAGCUGGAAGGCUAUUCCAUGCAUCAACUACCCUCUCAGUAAAGUAAUACUUCCUGAUAUUAUUUUUAAACCUUUGUUCCUCUAAUUUAAGACUAUGUCCUCUUGUUGUGGUAGUUUUUCUUCUUUUAAAUAUAGUCUCCUCCUUUACUGUGUUGAUUCCCUUUAUAUAUUUAAAUGUUUCUAUCAUAUCCCCCCUGUCUCGUCUUUCCUCCAAGCUAUACAUGUUAAGAUCCUUUAACCUUUCCUGGUAAGUUUUAUCCCGCAAUCCAUGAACCAGUUUAGUAGCCCUUCUCUGAACCCUCUCUAAGGUAUCAAUAUCCUUCUGAAGAUACGGUCUCCAGUACUGUGUACAAUACUCCAAGUGAGGUCUCACCAGUGUUCUGUACAAUAGCAUGAGCACUUCCCUCUUUCUACUGCUAAUACCUCUCCCUAUACAACCAAGCAUUCUGCUAGCAUUUCCUGCUGCUCUAUUACAUUGUCUGCCUACCUUUAAGUCAUCGGAAAUAAUCACCCCUAAAUCCCUUUCCUCAUAUGUUGAGGUUAGGACUGUCUCAAAUAUUCUGUACUCUGUCCUUUAUGUUUUUUAUGUCCAAGAUGCAUUAUCUUGCACUUAUCCACAUUAUAUGUCAGUUGCCACAAUUCUGACAAUUUUUCUAGUUUACCUAAAUCAUUUGCCAUUUGACUUAUCCCUCCUGGAACACCAACCCUGUUACAUAUCUUAGUAUCAUCAGCAAAAAGUCAUACCUUACCAUCAAGACCUCCUGCAAUAUUACUAAUAAAAAUAUUAAAGAGAAUGGGUCCAAGUACAGAUCCCUGAGGUACCCCACUGGGGACAAGUCCAAGCUUCGAAUAUAUUCCAUUAACUACAACCCUCUGUUGCCUGUCACUCAGCCACUGCCUUACCCAUUCAACAAUAUUGGAAUCCAAACUUAAAGAUUGCAGUUUAUUGAUAAGCCUUCUAUGUGCAACACUGUCAAAAGCCUGGGUUUUGGGAUUGUUCUAAGAUAAGGGAAUUUUGGAAAGAUAUUCAAACUUGUAUUGAAUCUCUCUUGCAGUGCUCAGUUCCACUGCCCCUGGAGCUGUCCAUGUUUGGUAUCUUUUCUAGAAUUGUCCAUAAAAAUAGAUUUAUGCAGUUGGUUCUAGCUUCUGUCAGAGACAAUCCUUCGUAUCUGGAGUUUACCAGAUAGACCCACCAUAUUGAUUGAGUACUCCUGAACUGAGGUAUGUAGUAUUCCCUGUUUUUUUCUUCUUGUUUUGUUUUUUAAAAUAUUGGGAGUCCUGUGUUCAGUCUCAGGAUUCCCAACAAAAGACCUUAUAUAUAGAACUUUCUAAUAAUUUACCACCUGGUAUUCUUUGCUGGUCUUUAGUGGAAGGCCUCCUCUUCCACCUAUUUGACUUGUUUUGACCCUGGAACCAGCCAUGACUUUUCUAAAAUGCAUAAUUGUACUUGUGUAUUAUUACACUUGUUUUUUUUUUCUCUUUUCUCUGAUUGUUUGUCAUAGCUUUUUGUUUGUGCUCUCCUCUUUAAUUGUUUAGAGUAUGUUAUAUGGUGUGAAUAGACUGAGAUUUGUUAUGAUUGUUAAAGGACAGUGUUGGGAAAGUAAAUUUGUAAUACCAAUAGACAAUAACCUGACAUUGUUUAUUCACAGACUCUGAUAUAAAAUUAAUACAUAAUAUGCAAAUUAGAAAACACAGCCAUAAAUUAUCCCUAACUAGAAAUAUCCAUAAAGAACUAAGUUCUUUGGACAACGGCGCCACAUUUGAAGGUUUGUGUAUAUAUUCACGGCUAUUUCUUUAAAAUGGCUCGGAUUUAUUUGGCAUGGAAUGGUCAAUAGGUAGACCCCAAUAUUGGUAAAGCAUCAAGGAAUUUGUAGGCUUGCUGCAGAUGGGAGGGUACAUCAUCUUCUGCUCUAAAGUGAGGAUUCGGUGCAUCACCCUAGGAUUGGCCACCCCGAGUGAGCGAGGCUGAUAGGUUAGUACAUACCUUCUAAUGCAGACAAACUGCAGCAAUGUAUGACACUUUAAUAUAAUCAUCAUCUCCAAUAUAUCACAUGCAAUAUUACCCUCUCAGGCUACAGAGAAGCAAAUUAGUUUUUGAUUGGUAAUAUAAUUAACUUGAUAAAGAUGGUAUUCAAAAGAAUAAUGAAUUAAGAAUUACAUCACAUUGGAAAUGCUUUUUUUUAACUUGAGGCUUUUUACCAACAUUUUUAUAGUAGUUAAAUAUGAUAGCUGUCACUCUUUCGAUCAGUUCUUUAAAUAUUUUACCAGUACCAUUUAUACCUGUUAUCUCAAUGUUCUGUAUUGUAAUAGAAUAUUUUGCUAAUAUUAAUAAUUAUUUGUAAAGGUGACACCCAGAAUCCAGUUCGGAAGACUUGCUGUUAUUGGGAAAUGGUUAAAGCUGAUAGAAGGAUAUAUAAAUAACGUGUAAAGGAAAUGUUUGUACUGCCUUAGUUCAAUGAUCUGAAAUAUUGAUAUAUGAUAUUGACGUUUGGGCCAUGUGAUCUAAAGCCAGCAACGAAACUGAGAUUCGUCUAUGAAGCCUGAAAGAAAUGUCCUUUCUUUUUAUCCAUUUCAUGGUGUAAGCAGAAAACGGAACUCCAUUUAGUGUCAUCUAAAUAAUGUGUGAAACUAUAUACUUAGCCACAUUAACUGUGCUCUAGUUACCUUGAAAAGAGCAAUGCAGCUAAGUACCACAUUGUAAUGCUAACUAUUUAUUAAUCAGUAUUUGCAUUCCUUCCUUGUUGGGGAGCUUUUACAGUUUUUAAAUUUGUUUUAUUUUAUUUUUUGUAACAAAAAGAGUGAUUAGACAUGAUGGGCUUCUCUUCCUGAUAAUGGCUUUGGAUUUGUAAUGUGAUUCUCUGCUGUGUAACUUACAGCCAAACAGUCAAAUUAUAAAAAGCUGACUUCAGCGAUGGCAGCCAAAUGUCCUUGAACCAUACAGAGCCUUCUGUAAAGGACAACAUAGUAACGUAAUCCACGUUUAGUAAAUCAUUGACUUUAAAAUGGGACACAAUGCAGAGUAAUUUACCAGCAGGAUCUGAUAUAUAAUGAAUGACACUCACCCUACAAACAAAAACUUAACACAUCUGCAUUUAAUAGCUAAAAAAUAAUAAAUAGUGAUUUUAAUUGCUUUUGACACUAAUUAAUAUUUAAUGUAGUCUGAUUCAUAUUUUUAUACAAAUUUGGUUAAAUCCCUAAAUAGUAAAUUUAGGAAGAGCUGGAAUGUUUGUAAGUGGAAACGAUUGACAUCCACUAGAUGCAAACUUAGUCCUGCAAUGUACUUAUUGCAGUUUAUCUGGAACCACAAUAAUUUUACUAUAUAAUCGGGGGACUGGGACAUUGCCCCCAGAUCACGUCAAUCAGCUGACGUGGUCUGGGUGCCUACAGUGUCCAUUUAAGUCAUGGACAUGUAUCCAUCACUAAAAGUAACGGAUGGGAGUGGAGGGUGGUGACAUUCUUUCCUUGCAGGGUGCAAGAGGGGUCUGUAGUUCCAUUCCUGAUGAUUUGGCUGGGGAGUAGGAGAUCUUUGCAUCUGUCAGUUCACAUACAAUUUCCUUGACUCUGUAUUAUAAAUGGAGUGUCCUGGGUUGUAACAUCACAUUUUGGUGCACUCUGUGUAAUUGUGGCUCAUCUUUAUAGUAAAAAAUGUGGAUCAGAGUAUUUUGAAAAUGUGCAAAUGAGAAACAGUUACAGAAAGUUAUCUGCUUUCUAUUGUUUUUUUUGUUUUCCAAUUUCUUUUUUAUAAAUGUAUAAUUUGAAUAAUUUCUGUAAAAUAUAUCGGUAAAAGUCACGCUGGGAUUUCUCUUUAUAGUAAUUAUUUCAGUUUGUGUGACAUCUCAGGUCUUCUGCCAAUGCAGGACCUGAUUCUGAACAAAUACCCCUUGACGUUUCUGGGCCUUUUAUUGUGUUUGUUGUUACUUGCGGUGGAAAUAAAUUAAAAUUAGGCUGGUGUUUGGCAGGUAUAGAGAAAUGAUGGCAGUUUAAAGAUGGGAUCGGAAAGGUAUUUCAUUUAUCGGAAGGUUAAAGCGAUGAUCAGCCAUCUGAGAAACUUACAAUUAAUCUUGUAAUUACUAUAAUUACUCAUGUUGAUAUUAUUGCAACACGGCAGAAUGUGUAAUCAAACGAACAUUUUACUGAGCCACGCUCACACAAAGAAAGAGGCUUAGCGAUAUGAAUUAGCGAUAUUUCAGCAGGAGCGCUUUAAAACGCUAUAACCAGAUAUAUUAUAGGACGUUUUUAUUGGUCUAUGCUUUUUGUGGUCAGAUCAGAUUUAUUAAUUAAAUUCUAAAAAUGACACAAUCUUUUAUUUAAAUGGCAAAUUGCAGGUAACUACACCUCCGGCAGUAUCAUUUGGUGCCAUUAGCUAGUAAGGAACAGAAGUCCCAGGUUGGCUAAUAUUAAUUCUGUACAAAACUAGGGUCUGCAGCCAACAUGUACAGUGCGGUGGUGCCAGACAGACAAUGGUGGCACAGCCCCCCAGUUUUUUGGGUUGGAGUAAAAACUUAAUACUUGCUUGAAUUUUUCUCAUUUGCACUGUGUGUAGUGUAUGGUACUUGGCUCACUCAGCAGUGAUUUAAUAAUGGAAGAGUGCAUUGUUUGAGUGUUUGUCAAUUUAUUUUUGUGAUAUUAUUUCUUAAUAAAUGCAGAAGAUAUUUAAAAAAAAAGAAACAAGAAAGAGUGUACUCUUCUUGGUAAGCACUUUCUAAAUAAAUAAAUGAUGUGCAAGUAUUUAGAUGAGCUGUUUAUUAUUGCACGCAUAUUUUUGGCAUGUGUCAUGUCAGUGAAUAGACUGCUCCUUUAAUUUGCGUUGACAUUGUGAUCAGUUCAGUGGAAAUGUUUGGAGACAGUGUAUCUGUGAGCAUCCAUGUGUUCUUUAGUGUUCUGCUUCCGCUUGCCUUUCAUAUAGUUACAUAUAGUUACAUAGGCUGAAAAGAGACGGGUGUCCAUCAAGUUCAGCCUUCCUCAUAUUAGUUUUUUUGCUGUUGAUCCAAAAGAAGGCAAAAAAAAACAAAAAAAAACCCCAGUUUGAAGCACUUUCAAUUUUGCAACAAACUAGGAAAAAAAAUCCCUCUUGACCCCAGAAUGGCAGUCAGAUUAAUCCUUGGAGCAAGACGCAUUUUGCCUACAUUGAAAAAUUAUAUCCUUGAAUAUUCUGUUUUGCAAGUAUUAGGGAUCUACUGAUAUUGUUUUUUUCUGGAGCCAAUACCGAUACUGAUAAUCUGUGAACUUUCAGGCGGAUAGCCGAUAACUUACCGAUACCGAUAUUCUGUACAUUUACCGUUUUGAAAAAAUAAAUUAUUUCUACACAAAUCUACUGUUAACUGAACAUGUUUAUUAUUUAUUUAUUUUUUGCUAAUCUUUUUUUUUUAUUAAGGUAAAUGCACAAAAUAUACAUGCCGGUCAGAAUUGUUUGUUUUCAAGAAUAUAUGUGUGUGUAGUGGGUGCAGUGAGAGUAUUUGAUUAGUGAAUGCAGUGUGUGUGUUUGUGUAGUGGAUGCAGCGAGAGUAUUUGAUUAGUGAAUGCAGUGUGUGUUUGUGUAGUGGAUGCAGUGUGUGUGUUUGUGUAGUGUGUAUAAUGAAUGCAGUGUAGUGUGUAUAGUGAAUGCAGUGUGUGUUUUUGUAGUGUGUAUAUAAUGAAUGCAGAGUGUUUGUGUUUGUGUAGUGAAUGCAGUGUGUGUAUAUAGUUUAUGCACGAAUAUAUUUGUGUAAUGUUAUCACAUCCCCUCUGAAGCGAUAUUUUUUUAGACUAAAGAGGGUUAAAUAUAAAGGUAAAAUAUUCCAUUGCUUUUAUUAAUUUUGUAGCUCUCCUCUGCACUCUUUCUAGUGCCAUAAUAUCCUUCUUUAGAACAGGUUCCCAAAAUUGCACAGCAUAUUCAAGAUAUGGUCUUACCAGCGAUUUAUAAAGAGGCAAAAUUAUAUUCUCAUCCUGAGAAUGAAUGCCCCUUUUCAUGCAUGACAAUACCUUACUGGCCUAAGCCACUGCUGAUUGACAUUGCACCUUGAUGCAUAGUUUUCCAACUGCAUAGAUCCCAAGUCCUUCUUGUGUGUGAUUAUCUCUAAUUCGCUUCCAUUAAGGGUAUAAGUUGCUUGUGCAUUCUUGAUGCCAAAGUGCAUAACUUUGCAUUUUUCUACAUUAAAUUUCAUCUUCAAUUUGAGUGCCCAGUCCCCCAGUCUAUCUAAAUCCUUCCGCAGCAAAGUAAUAUCUUGCUCCCAUUGUAUUACUUUACAGAGUUUUGUGUCAUCUGCAAACACUGAAACACGACUUUCAAUGCUUUUUUCAAGAUCAUUUAUAAACAUGUUAAAUAGAAAUGGUCCCAGAACAGAACACUGAGGGACACCACUUGCCACCUCUGUCCAGCUUGAAAAUAUACCAUUAAUGACAACCUGUUGUACUCUAUUUUUAAGCCAAUGUUCUACCCAGGAACAAGAAUCUAUUGUGAGGAACCGUAUCAAAUGCCUUGGCAAAAUCCAAAUAGAUUACAUCCACUGCAACACCCUGAUCUAUACUUCUACAUACUUCUUUGUAGAACGCAAUCAAGUUAGUUUGACAUGACCUGUGCUUCAUAAAACUAUGCUGAUAACUAUGUUCUUCUCAAGGAAUUCUUGAAUAUUAUCCCUUAAUAACUUUUCAAAUACUUUCCCAACCACAGAAGGUAAGCGCUCAGGUCUAUAAUUUCCAGGAAUGGAUUUUGAACCCUUUUUGAAUAUAGGAACCACAUCUGCCUUCCUCCAAUCCUUCAGAACACUUCCUGUAAGAAAAGAAUACUGAAAGAUUAAAAAUAGAGGUUCAUUUAUUUCCACACUUAGUUCCUUAAGUAUUCGUGGAUGAAUACCGUCAGGCCCUGGAGAUUUGUUUAUAUUAACUAUUUACCUUCUUUAGUUGAUAGAGCACCUUGUCUUGAGUUAGCCAUAUACCUACUGCAUAUAUUCCUUUAAUUUUUUUCAUAUUAUUGUAUUACACUAUGGUCUAUAUUCUAUUUUACAGAAUUAAUGUAUGUAUAUUGUUGAUUUUAAAGUGGUAAAGGGCACACCACUUUGAGGUGUAUAGAGCUUCGUAUUGAUUAUCUUCCACACUGUGCACAUAUUUGUUAUAUUAAUUACAAUUUUUCUGCAUGCAUUUUUGCAGCAAUCAUUUGCAUAUCUUCCUUAAUGUAUACUUUCAAUACAGAGAAUGUGGUGUCAUCCUGCUCAGCACAGGAAGCAUCUCGUUUAUAGAGAGAUUUCUUUAAGGGAACACUAAAGAGUUAUGAAUACAAACCUGUUCUUCUAAUGCUUUGGUGUCCAUGUUCUCAGUUAUUGUGCCAUUCAGUGUGUGCCAUAAAAAUAAUAAAAUAAAGGAUUUACUUAUCUUCUUCCAGGGCAGAGUCUCCAUCAGCGCUGCUCACCUCUCCUCUUCCUGUGGCCUCCUACGGUGUGGUUCAAUACAUUACUCCUCAUAUGAAAAGCAUUGGGGACCUAAUAUGCAUGUGCUGUGAGUGCCAUGCAUGCAUGCAGGCAUCCCCUAGGAAAGCAAUGAAUGAAAUGUUGGGGGUAUGCAUCAUGUGACAGAGUUUUUACUUGCCCGUUGCAUCGGAAGCGCCUGCAGUGGAUUAGUUAUCGUUAGAGUAACAGCCAUUGGAGAUGUUUAACUAUUCAAUGUAAACAUUGCUGUUUCUGCAAAAUGGCAGUGUUUUCUAUUGAAUGGUUAAAUUGAGGGACCACUGUACCCAAACCACUGCAUUGAGAUGAAAUGUCCUGGAUGACUUUAGUGGUCCUGUAAUGUUCCAUGGGAGCCGUAUCUGAUUUUCAGUUAAAAUCACAGAUAGCAAUCAGACUCUUACAACAGAGAGAAACAUUAACCCUCCGAGUCCUGGAAGAAAGGUCUUAUUAUUUAUUUUCCUUUCCUAAUACUGCACAGCUAUAAACCCUGCAGCCUUCUUUUAGUGAGAUUGGGGAAAUAUUUUACUCUGUUCAUUAGUAACGCUUUGAGGAUCAAUUCAUUGCUCAUCGAGCAAAAGCACUAAAUGUAUGUUUGUGAAGCAAAAACUACCUGCGUGUGUUCUAAUCUCAGAACUCUCAAACAUUCCAUCUCCCAGCCAGCUUUACAGCAAGCGGCCCUAGUGAACUCAUGCAAAUAAUUACUUUAUUUAUCAUGAUUUCUCACUGAUAGGUGUGGAGUACUGUCAUCAUCCCUGGGAGUCUUCCGGGAACAUCCACAUAGCUGGAGGAAUUGUCAUAUUAAGUCCAUGCCACAGUAAUUGUGUGUUAGACAUGCUGCGUGCGUCCUGAUUGUCCACCUUUUCACUAUAGUAACCUCACUUCAGCUAAAUCAGUGGCCAGCCAUUUAGAUUCAAAUUGUUAACUCAGGUGCAUUGUUUUAUGUGUACCCAUCAUCCACUAGACAGGAGGAUGACAAGGUAACCUUCAGAUAAAUAUACACGUGAUCUCUAUUUUAUUAAUGAGAGAGCCACCAGCGUUUAAAGUAUAAAGUGUCCAAUUUGAAUAUUUUUGGAUAAACGUUUAAAAGAAUUUAGUACAUUGUAAAAUGUUUUAAUGUUUUGUUAUUUUGUGAUAUAUUGAUUUUUUUUAUAUACAUGAUAUAUUUUUGAAAAAAAAUAUAUUUUGCUAAAAAUCAUUUUAAAACACGUAUCUGAAAAUAUUACAUUUAUCUGAUAAACUUAUCCAAGAAUAUUGACUUGACCAUUGGAUGCUCCGUCGCGAUGUGUACCACAAACAGAUGCCCCCAGACUUUUAGGAUGGUCUCACACUUCAUAGAGACAAAUUAAGUCACAUGCACAGCCAUCGUGCGAAUACCAUAUUAUGUAGUCUUUACCCAGUAUGGAAUAGCGGUGGGAAAACAGAAUAAAAUUAAAGGUCUACUCGAAGCAUUGAUUUAAAGUGGUUAUGGUGUCUGGAGUCUGUGUGUUGCAUUGAAACAUUGUGCAUACCCAGAUUAACGCCUUAACUGCUGAUGAUGUAACUCCACCUUUAGCAGUAUUGUUAGCUAGCCCAGAAUAAAUUGGUUCAAAUGUGUGUCAGACCGCCAAUGGCGUUGGGGUUGGGGGGCAGGCCACUACAGAAAAGGUUACUACAACCAAAACCAGUGUAUUAUGAAAACACGUUUUUUUGGUAGGAGUAAUCCUUUAAAUCUAUGCAUUUGCUUUUAUAUCGGCUGCUGUGCUGUAUAGAUGGAUUUAUUUGAGGUUUGUUACGUUUAUUGUUCAAAUACUCUCCUUCCCAUCAGAAAGGGAGGUUAUUUGCUUUUGUGUAACAUUGUAUAUUUUCUUUUUGUUUAUAAUGUCCAAGCUGCAAUGUUUUAUGUGAGCCACACGAGGCAGCUUUUGUUCCUCCAGAACAUACAGCUCAGAGAAAGGACUUUCACUUCUGUAGAUUCUAAUGCAAUCUGAAACCUCUGAUUUAUUAUUCAGUAGCCCUGCAUAUUAACUUGCAUAUUAAAUAAUCAUUAUUAAAUAUUCCUUUUUUAAAUGUAUAAAUACAUCACAUUUAUAUAGUCUGCUCCCCUUUUCAAGCAACAAGAGUGCUGAUUCUAAAAAACAAAAAAAACAUAUUAAUAUAUAUUGUUUAAAUGUUAUAUUACACGUGUGCUUACAGAUAUUUUAACAUACAGUUAGUAAAGCUUAAUUGCACCAAAUUAAUAAACAUGAAAUGAAAUUUUUCAUGUCAGGUUUAUUAAUACUCCUGUUUUUAUAGAUCUGGGGAUAGUUAAAUAUUAUUUUUAGCAAAUUACAUGUUAUUAUUUAUAUAAUUAUUAAGGUAAAUCAACUAAUAGCUGAAAUUUAAAUUUUAUAUAUAUAUAUAUAUAUCAUAUUUUGCCUGCUUUCACAAACACAUGCUCUCAGUCUUGGAUUUUGUUGGAACCAGCCGAAAAAUAGACAGAUUCCUGGAUUUGAGAAUAUUUGAAUGAUUCGCUAUUGAUGAAACUGACAAACCUUUGCUUGCUGAGUCCUUUAACCCUUAAGAAACACACCAUGAAUUCAUAGAUAGGCAGCAUAUUUAGGGUUAUUAACUACGGUAUGCGCAGUCGUGAAUUCAAAGUGAAUUUCAAGUUGCAGGCCAAAAUAUCCAAGUGGAAAACUAACUAACUUUUAAAUAUUUCCGAUUUCACUAUUUGGUUUUAAAUUUAAAAUUCACUUUGAAUUAAAGGAACACUAUAGGGUCAAAAACACAAGCGUGCAUUCCUGACCUUAUAAUGUUAAACUUACUAUUUUGUGCUGCCUGGAUCAAAGGAUGAAAUGCUGCCCCCCUUACCCUCAAACCCACACUGUGCUGUGGCAACAAAGGCCUCCACAAUUCCUACUUCAUGCCAUUUACUGCACUACUUGCCAACAGAAAUCCCAAAGUGCCUUUUGUGGCUUUUAAUCAGCAGUAGAAUUGUCCUGUAAGGCUGCAGCACCAAACCUUGUGUGUUAGAGACACAAAUUUGGCACCUGCCCCUCUGCCAGUCAUCCCCCACCCCUCGUGAUUUCGCAAAUAGCAGCUGCUGCCCCUAUUACAGCUUACAGAAAAGGGUGUUUUCCUACACGGUUUAGAAUAAUGACAAGAGCAGCAAUAUUGUUUAUCUGCUUUCCUAUUGUCAAAGAAAUUAAACUGUUGCUGGCGUAGUGAAAUGUAUUGGGCUUAAAUGCUGCUCACUUUGAAGCUGUGACAUGCUAUCUCACAUUUCAGGAUUGACUGUAAAUGACAAAUUACAGUAAGCACAGAUCGUACUUUAUCCCCAGAUGUAGAAUACAUUUCCAUCAUCUCUCCUGUGUUUUUCUCUGUGCGGAACUUUCUUCAUUAUAAUUAAUUUUUUAAAAAUGAGAUCAUUGACAUCUUAAUAUAUUUAUUUUUAUGUAGACACUACUUACUUGUAUUGCAUAUGUAACCCUUUUAGUACACCGUUCUAAGAGAUAAAAAGCCAACCAUGUAUUAUUAUUAUUAAUAUUAUUAUUUAUAAAGAGCCAACACAUUUUGUAACCCUGUACAAUAGUUGGACUAACAAACAGGUAGUUUCAACAAGCCCAAGAUGGACGUACAGGAACAGAAGCAGUUGAGGCCCCUACUUAAACCAGCAGUUGGAAUACUUAACACAUAGCUAACAUGCCCAGGUAGGACAAACCCAUCCUAUCUAUAGAUAUUUUAUAAAAUACCAUAGGUACCUAACUAAAAUAAAAAUGGUAAAACACCCCACUGAUCAGUAUGUAUAAGAGGCGGUCUAAACACCACAACCACUAGAACCUUUUGUAGCGAUAUGGUGUUAUUGCGGCUUUGAGCUCUGUCCCAUGUUUUUGGUGAACACCUGUUCCCUCUGCAGCUGCACUGAGACUGCGUCAGGUUUCUAGGUACCGGCUACAAGGCCGGCAGAGACUUUGGGAGUUUGUGAUUAAAUCAGCUUUGUCUAAUGGGUUGGAGAGUUUCUCUGACAUUCUUUACUUGUAUGAACACCCGAUGUAUGAGGACAAAUGGACAGCUUAAUUUAUUGUAGGUAUCAGGGCACUUUACCGAAAAAAUCAUUCUAAAUAUAAAAGUACAGCCAAAUCGGACAUAACGUAUCAUUGUAGGGUUAUGUUGAUGUGACUAUUCCGACACUGUCCCCCUGUAACCUGGACACCCUGGAUGGUUUGAGAGAGCAGGGCUGACCCAUCCAGUGUGGAUUACAUGGAAGACGAUAAUGGGAUGUGUUAAUUCUGCAUUAUCGAUUUGGCAGAACUGGGGGCAGUCUGGAAAGAUCUCUUGGUUUAUAUCAAACCAUUCCUAAAUGUUAUUAUUUAACCGGGGAUGGGGCCAGGACAGUUAACACAGUUUGGUGCUAAGACUGCUGUAAAAGUAGAUAAAAAAUAAAAAAAACAACUUGUAAGCAUAGAUUCAGGGAUACAAUGGAGAACUUAAGGAUUUUACAAAAGGUCAUAUUGAUCUUAAGAAACUUAAUUAUCUCUUUGCGGGACAGUUGCUGAAAUGUCUUUUUGUUAAAUGUUUAAUUUUUUGACCCUAGUGACAUGUUUGAAGUUUUUGCAUUAUGUGAUUCCAAUCUGCCAGCACAACGCAAUUGAAAAAAACAAUAGUCUAUCCUGGGGUUAAUUUAAUCUUAUUAUUAUUUUUUUUCCUUUAGUUUAGCAUUAGUUUUAAUGAAGCAAUACUUUAUCCUUAAUAAAAGUAUUCAACUUUAUUAAAAUUGAUCAUUUAAAUAGUAAGCAUGCGAUAUUUCCACAUUAGCGGUGACUGGAAUCUAAGCAGUAUAUGCAUAUUAAAAUAAUAUUAAAAUAAUCAUUCAUGUGAUUGCUGUACCGCAUCACUAUAUCAUUCUUCUUAGCCCCACCGUUCCGCAUACUACAAUACUACAAGAAACAGUAUUGGAGUAGAAGAAGUUACAGUUGUACAGAUGAAUUAUUAUUAAUUAAGGUAUUAGGAAAUUAACAUAAGUCUGUUUUCUGUCCGCAAUCAAAUCAAUAUUUCUAUUAGUUUAUAGUUUGAUCUUGGCUCAAAAAUAGCAUUCAGAUUCCUCCGGGGACCAACAUGUUGUUACCCUACAUAGUAACUAUUAUAUCCAAGAAUAAAGACUUUUUUUUUUAAAGAAAAGAUCUUCUUCACAAUCUGAUAAAACAACAAUUUUAGGCAUAUAGUUUUCUAUCUUGAUUGUCCUUAGCGUAAAAACUCUUUAAUUUGCUCUGGAUCGAAUAUUCUUUCUUCUGUAUGGGUGAGAUAUCGGCCCCUUGUACAGUCUUGUUAAUGAGCAGGUUACAAUUGAGCUGACUGUAUGUUUGAAAUGUAACUAUUCUAACUUACGAACAAACUUUGGGUUGUAAAUUUCAAAUAGUAACAGACACUUGGAAUUCUUUGUAGAAAUACCCCUACACCCCCCCUUAAAACAAACAAAACAAAUGUUUUUAAUUAUGUCCUUAUUCCUCACAGCUGCCUGUGUAUUCUCUCGUCUUUUGAAACAAAAUUUUCUUUCAAAUGGAAAAAGCGCGGAGCCUUUGAGUAAAUCACACAAUCUAGUUUAAUCUGUUUCUGGAAAACCUACAUCCAUGCUGUGCUAUAUUAAAAUGAUUUCAGAAUGAAAAAAAAAAAUCCAAUUUCAGUAAUGUAUAUAUAAUCGUGGAUCUCUUUUAUAAUUAUAUAUAGUAUUCGUAAUUGCUUCCAGAUGUAGCAGGAAAAAGCAAGAGUUUGUGUGUGUGUGUGUGUGUAUAUAUAUAUAUUUUUACAGUAUAGUGGAGAAUUCCUGCUUCCCUUUAUUACCUAAUCAUUUUACUCCGCAUGUGAGGUUAUACCAGGUGACCUGCAUUGUAGACUAGUAAAAUGACACAUAUUUAUCCGAAUGACAUGGACAGUGGAACAAACUAAUGCUUUUCUAUUUUGGUUUCAAACGCGCUUUGCUCGUAAUGUUACACUGAAGACCUCUCUCUUUCUGGUUUUCAUAGCUCCAUAGGCAAUUGGCUUUGAAGAGUAUUGUAAGUAAAGGGGUAGUGUGGAGAUCUAAAUAACCUGUGUGCGAAUUUAAUGAGGCUACCUGGCAGGAUGACAAAUUGGUUCCUCUCACUUUACUUCAAAUCUGUGUAAUGAACAGGACAUUGAGGAAAUUACACAGAACUUACAGUAAAUUCUGUAAAGCCUGGUUUAUAUUAUAUUAUAUUGAUGCUACCAUAAUCACGGUUUGCCCAGGUUAAUAUGACUGUGUGAUGAGUGAUAAAAGGGAAAAAUAAAUAUUUCUUAAGCCAAAAAAGUACAUGUACAGAUAUGGGUAAUAGCAUUUUGGGUUUUGGUCUCAUUGAUAUGCUGUGUUCUGUUUGCAUGCUCAAAUAUUAAUGUUUUUUUGCAAAAUAAAUGAAUAAUAAGCCUGCCUUAUCAAAAGUAUGCACACAGCUCAGCCCCAACAGAACUGAGUUGAGCGGUUUUUAAUUCACAACCUGGCUGCAGACAGUCAGAGAAACUACAAACCGGUAGUGAUAUCCUUACUAUAUGUCUCCCUGGGUGUCCUCUCCUUCUAACGCAGGUUGUUUUGUAGUUCAGAUCUGAAGUCAGUGACUGAGCUGUGUACGUACAUUUCAUAAGGAAGCCUUUUUCUGGAGUGAGGGGGCGUGGCUAAAGAGGCCGGCUUAUGGUGCAGCAUUUUUUUUUUGUGUGCAAAAACUAUAAAGAUUUGUAUUGGUGUAUAAGUAAUAUAAAUUUAUAUUGUAUUGGUACUCAGAGUAUUCCUUGAAAUGGUCUCAGCAGUGCACAAUGUAUGAGUGUUCAGGUGUGUCCAGCCUAAUAUGUUAGUUUGGCGGCUAGGCUGAUGGGAAUAGUGACCCAUGUAGGAACAGUUUCAUAGGAAGGGCUGUGUUUUUGUUAUCAUAAAAAAUGUUGGUUUGUGCUAUAAAGUUAUGUAUUACCUUUUUAACCUCAGAAUAGACUGAGUGAUAAGACAAAAGCAACAAAAUUUUUUUACCUGCACACUAUCCCAAAUCUCUAUGCAAUUGUACUCCAGCAGCUGAUGACUCCAACUUUCACAAUGCAACAUAAGUGGAUCCAGAGCCCCAUCUUGGGAGGAGCACUUUCUUUAUAGCUUUUAUUUUCUUUUUCUUUUUUAGACUAUUUCCCGAGCCACACAGGAAUCCACUGCAUGUGUUUUCCUCACCCAGCGUCCUCCUGUCAUGUGUGCUGAGGACAAUGUAUUCAGAAUGACACACAAAGAGAGAAAUGUGUCCACCCGAGGCCAGUGCUGGAAUUAUAAAUACAUUAAAAUGUGCACCUAUUGAAACCUUUAAUAUGUGUCUGGCUAGUAAAGGGGCAUUAUUUACUACAUAGUCAAUUAUUGCAAGUUGAAAAUCAAAUUUCGGCUACAAUAACUGCGUUGGACAAGGUUUUUUUCAGCUCAGCUAGCUUGGGCUAAAUUUCACAAUUCCACUUUCACAUCGGCACAAUUCACUAGUCGGCUGAUGAACCCAAGAUUGUGGAGAUCCAGUUAUUAACACAUUAAAACCAGGACUCCUAUGCUAACGAUGACCGAUUCCCUCUAAGAACAAUCGUCUUGAGACUAAUAUUGCAAGACAAACAUAUGUCUCCUAAUUACUCAGAAAUAUAUAUAUAUAUCUUUUUAAACCGAGACAACUGCUGCUGACUUAAAUAAAUAAUACCAUUUCUAUUUACACAACAGAGAUACAUUUCCUUAGCAGCGAGCAAUGUGUCAGAGAUGAGUUUAAGGGCUUUAUCAGCCUAAGGGUAUUAUUAACAAAAAGAACAUCUAUGCAGUAUUAAAUAUUAACGUAAGUCUAAUAUCGUCUUCAAAAGAGAAACGGAGUGUAGCAGCUGAAAACAAAGUCUCUGUAUCACAAUGAGGGCAUUUUAACGUAAUCAUGUUUUGCGUUCAUUGAAAUGAUGGAGCGUAUCCCAUGGGGAGUCACAGCUAUCCUGCCCUUAAGCUUUUUUUACAUUACUAGCGAAAUUGAAUACACUUAGCAAUAAGCAUGUGUUCUUUCGUGCACCAGGCAAAUGUUUAACGCGAGCGUGGUGAUGGGGUUUUAUAAAUUUUUUACAUUAGGUUUUUUCUUUGGUUAUAAUUAUUUGAGAGCAGUUUCCAAAACAUUUAUAAUUAGGUAGCAUUCCCUACCACAAGAAAAACCUACUCUGACAUUGUCAUACAGGAGCAUAUGCUGUCUUCAUGGGAAUAUUUGGGUUUAAAUGUUCCACGUUCUCCGUGCAAUGUGCUUAGGUUACAAUAUCCUAUCACCCAAAGAAUGGAGUAUUUUAUAAAAUACCAUUUUCCAUUUCAUUACAAUGUUUCCUAUUUUCUGUCCAUUCUUUGUUUGUGCUUAGGCCACCUAGUCCUUGACCACCUUGUAAGGUCCCACAGAGCACAAAAAUGUUAGACUGUGCAACAAAUCCCAAAAUACCUCAAAGUAAUAAAUGAGUAAUACAUGUAUAUAUGCAUCUGUGAAACUUCAUCUUAGAAUGUACAAGUUAGAGGGAAUUAUCCCAAGUGAGCAGACAAACAAUAUAGCGUUAAGAAUACAAAUGUGUAUUUCCAAUACUACAGUACCCUUCUAACUAGUUAGGUUAUCGGCCGCUCUGUGAAGGAGAAAGAUGAUUUUAUGUUGCCUCUGUGCUGCCCUCCCACCUCCUUGUCUGAGACAAUCAAGAUAUUGGAAAGCAUUUGGAGGCUAAUGCGCAUGAGUGGCGCAUGCUGUGUGAAUCCGAUGGCAGCCACUAGCUGCAUUUAAACCCUGCAAUUAAAACAUUGCCAUUCCUGCAGAACACAGUACCUUACAUUGGUGGGUUAAGCAGACUUGGAUAUGGCACCCAGCCCACUUCAUUGAGAUGAAAUGGUUCGGGUUUCUAUAGUGUCUCUUUAAAGGCAAACUAUGGCACCCAGAUCACUUCACCUCAUAAAUGUGGAUUGUCCCUGUUUUAGAGAAACUACAAUGUUUACAUUUCAGUGUUAGAGACCGCCUGUAGUGGCUUUGAGAAUUGGAAUUGAAAAAGCGAGUCAGAUGGUUAAAGGAAAAAAAGGAGGCAAAAGGGAGCAGGAAAAUGAGACGAUAGUUGGAAACGGAAGACCGGUCAGGUGAUGGCUUUUUAAGUACGGGUACGAUUGGCAUUGUUUAAGGGGAGUAGGGACAAUGCUAGAGGAGAACAGUUGUAGAUAUGUGUUAACAAUGGCACAAGACAGGGAGACAGAGAUCUGAAAAGGUGAGAUGAGGCGGAGUCAAGUAGACAAGUGAUGGGGCGAGAGCAAUGGAGAAGGCCUGAAGGGUAGAAAAGGCAUGGUCUAAGUGCAGCUGAAAGAGAGAAGCGAAGGGGGGAGAAUUCUUUCCUUAACUGACUUUUACAACAUUUGUAGAUCCAGCACAUCUCGAGAGCCUUUAGCUGGCCAUCUCAGAUCUACUAAAAGGCAAAUAAUUGAGCUGCAACGCCAGGUAUCGUUUUUAACCUAAUUUAAAGGUCUUUGACAAGCUUUAGAAAGACCUUGAAUUCCUUUGCCUCCUUCACUAGAACUCUAGUGUUGAGGCUCAAUUAUUGGUCUGUUUGCUGUUGGAGGCUAUUGUAAGGAGUUGUGACGAGACCAAUCUCACCACUGUGCAUUGGAGAAGCCUGGUUGCCCGCCUGCUGCCUUUAGACUAUGGCCCCAUGUUGAAACUCUUGAUUUUCCCCUUGAAGGACACUAAAGCCGGGUCAUUCGGUACGUGCCCUAUUUGAACAUUGAUACCCCAGAUAGCUAUGCCAUGGAGCCCAUUCGUAUAACGAAAGACUAUGUAAAAGACUUUGGCUCCAUGGCAAUUUAACUGUAUGUAUGUGAUCUGAGCGCCAUUCAGUAAUAAUGUGCGCUCAGAUCUAAGCUAUCUGGGAAUAUUUUGAAUGUACCUGUUUUAUGCAAUAGCUGCACAGUUAUAUAUUUUAUGUAUUUUAUUGUCUUUUGCUACCAUGUGUUCAAUUGAGUUUUGCCUCUGUCCUUGGAGAUAAUUGGAUUACUUCCCAAUUAUCUCCAGGAUAGAAGACUCUGUGGAACUGGUUUUGGGCAGAAAAGUCAUGCUUCAUUUGGUGACAAAGGAUUUCGAUCUAUUUUUUGAACCACCGGACCAAUUUGGAUGAUUUUGACAUAUAUUUGUAUUUGGAGUAUGCUGAUUCUGAAAAUGUAAAUGUAAAUGUGAAUGUGAUGCAUACUUUUAAAGUUAUGAAUAAUGUGGAAAAACUGUAUUUCUCUGCCUGUGAUAAUUAAAUUAACCCAUUGUGUAAGGUAAUUGUAUCACAGGCAGAGGGUAGGAUUUUGUGUGGGAGUGUCUGAGUGUAUUGUAUGUGUUUAUUGGUUGUUUUACAAAACCCUGUGGGUGGUACUAAUGUGUAAGAAUGUGUAUAUAAGAACAAUAAACCCACAGCUCUGUCUGUUCCUGUUUUGACCCUCAACAUGGAGCCUUGUCUCGUUCUUGGGGGGAUUUAUUGUAUGCUGUUCCAGUUGGACUGCUAGGAGUGUAAACCUUUCGUAUGGUUUUUCCUAUUCGACUUUUUACAGCAUUCAUAUGUUUGAGAGUAGUGAUGUCCAGAACGGUUCGCCGAACGGUUUGCGAACGGUUCACCACGAAUGGUUCGCCGCGGACUCAUCAUUGAGUAAACUUUGACCCUGUACCUCACAGUCAGCAGACACAUUCCAGCCAAUCAGCAGCAGACCCUCCUUCCCAGACCCUCUGGGAGGGAGGGUCUGCUGCUGAUUGGCAGGAAUAUGUCUGCUGACUGUGAGGUACAGGGUCAAAGAUUACUCAAUGAUGAGUCUGUGGCGAAUCGUUCGUGGUGAACCGUUCGUGAACCGUUCGGCGAACCGUUUGGGACAUCACUAUUUGAGAGCAUUCGUAUGCUUCUCCGGUUCGGUGGAUUGGUGUCUUUGGUAGCUGGCUGUGUAUCUGGAAGGGGAAUAUCCUCUAAAUGGCGGUUUAACCCCUUUUAUGCCUGGGGGUGCCGUUACAGGAGUCUCAGGAGCUUGCACCCAGUUGAGCUCCUCAGAGUUCUAGUCUACCUUAGCAACUUCUCAACUAUCCCAGAUCUACAUCUGACUAAACAGCAUUAGCUUCCAGAGAUAUUGUCAGUGGAAAUGCUCAAAAGCACAUUGUCAGCAUCUUUACUUAACCUCCUAAUCUAUAUUUUAGACAACAUAUCCUUUUUUUUAGGGAAUACAAAGGUUUUAUUUAGACACUGUACUAAAUAGGUGAUGGAAGCUGUUAUUCUGUCCUUAAAUAUUUAUCUCUAAAAGAGACAUUAGCACUGCAGUCGUAUUUGCAAAUACAUUGAUUUUAUAUUAGAAUUAAGCAGAUUCCUAAUGCUGAAACUCACGUUUUAUAGUCAGGCCUCGUUCCUUUGCUAAGCACUUGAUUAAUUAGGCGAUAGUAACUUUCUGCUCUAACCGAUCUUCUUGCUGUGUUGAAUUCAUUAUCUCGGGAGAAGGGGAUGGGGUGAUGGCUUUAGGAAUACGGUGAUGCAUGUUGUGUUUGUGGGACCUAUGCAUUAUUCUCUGUGUGAAAAAGAGGUAAUUACGGCCAAACUGAAUUAAUAUUCCUUGUUAGAAACUGACUGAAUUCACUAAUACUUUAAAAAAACAAAACUAUCUCUGCAACAUACUUUUUGAUUAACUAUACAAUGUAUAUUUUCUGGUAGUCUCUAACAACUAUAUAUAGCCCAGCUGCAUAGUUCCUUUACCAUGUGUAUAUUAAACCGGGGGGCAGUCUUUCUGCCCUUGACGCAAUAAUUUUCUUUGUAAAUUAAGUAAAUCCAUUUGUUUAUUUCUGGAUUUAUUUAUGGAUUCUGUCUUUACUUGAGCGUUACUGGGCUGCCAUGAUUACUACGCAGUCAUUUUUUGAAAGCCUUAUAUAUUUUCACUAUACAUUGCUUUUCUCCAUUAUUUUCUCACCAACCCUGCUUCCUUUUCUUCAUUUGUCAAGCAAACCUUACUUAUUCUCCUUUGUGUUUUCCUUUCCAGAAUUGUGCCUUAUUAGUAACAUUCUGGUUAUCGUUACUGAGCAGAAAUAACAUUUGUGUGUUUGUGUGAUUUUGAAAUGACGUGUCUGCUUCUGUACUUAUUCAGGAACUCGAGUGUCUUUAAUGAACAUCCCAAUAUGAAAAUAAUAUGAGUAUAUGGGCUUAUGACCACAUAAAGUUAGUGCCGCUUCUGGCUAAAUUCAGAAACUAGUAGUGUACAUGGCAUUGCAUGCUACUAUUGCAGUCUGCAAAGAAGCCCUGUAGUGUGACCAUAAACCUCCCAGAAGAUGACGCUGCUCAGAAUAUUCAUUAUUUUCUAGACUUACAUUCUCAGAACAUUCGUUUUUGGUUUCUAGUCUAAAAUCUUACAACAUAUGCUUACAUUUUGUUUCCUUGUACAUGGUGCAAAAAUUUUACAUUUUCACAUUGACUAUUAAAUCAGGUUUUAAAAUUAUAUUCUUUUGUCUUUUUAUUUCAGUGAGAAGUUGGAUGGAAAAACUGAAAGACAAGGUAAGGUUGUCUCACAUUAAAAUAUAAAAGUAUUAUUUUCUAUAGAGACAAGCCCUUAACACCCUGUGACAAUGCAAGUUUCAUCUUUAGAUAAGCUCAGCUAGAGAAAUGGAGGCACUGAUUGUUUUCUGUGUUUGUGUCAUGAUAGACACAAAUCCUGUUGGUAGCAGAGUGUCUUAUAAUAUGAAUUUUUAAAUCUAAUCUUAGUUGAAACAAUGAGGCAAGAGUUAAAGGAUAUCAAGGUUUGUAUCUACAGCAUGGUGAUAUUUCUAACAUCAAACAAGAACUAUUAAUGUCUUACACAAUGUGUCUGUGUGGGCCUUAUACACAAGAAAACCAGUGGUGAACAAUCGUGAUUUUUUUUAAUUUAUUUUUUUCUAGAAAGUGUUCUCCCAUUUUGGAUUGGCACGCAGACAACCGGACAUAAAUUUGUGUGAAUGAAUGUGUAAUAAACAGCUCAAUGUCACAUUUGUUUUAAAAUAACGUUUGUGUCAAAUAUUGAUUCAAUCUAGAUCAAUUAACCAAUGGGGGGCAUCUGAGACAAUUUUUUCCCCCAACAUUUCUUUUUCCCCUUUAAUAAAUAUGCAACUCCGGUUUAGUGGUAUAUACACAUACCUGUCAUUUAAACUGGUCUGCUCCACAGGAUGUGAAAUUUAAGACAGGCAGUGCAUAAUGUUCAGACAAUGUCCAAUGUGGAGCCAAAAUCAUCCUCUGCCUGUCACGGUAAAAAUGUUUUCCCGGACAACUGUACAUUCCGCUCUAAUGCACUCGAGUGAUAAACCUCUAGUUCUGCUCUGCAACGUGGACAAUCUCUCACUCCUAUUCUCUAAACUGAAUCGUGGGAAAUUAAAAGAGAAUUCUGUUAGAUUUUUAAAAUUUCAGGCAAGAUUGAAAAGACGGUCUAUGUCAGCUAUGUAUAUUCUUUGAAGUUAUAUUGUUAGACCGCUUAUUUUGACCCAUUAAUAACAGUAACUAUUCCUAUUUUUCUGACUGUUAUAAUUUCAAAAUAUAGAUCAAAAUAGCUGAUCUAUAAAAAAUAUAAAAAAAUCACCAUUUAAGCAUUAAUCAAAUCAUAACAAAGGUCGAUUUUUUUACUUAUCUGAAUUAGCCCAUGUUAGUCUAGAGCCCAUAUAAUAUAUAUAUAUAAUGGCGUAUGAACACCAACCUGCUCUAGUGGUACCAUUGAUCAAUAAAGCGAUGUAUCUGCUAUAUCUAUAAUUAGCACUGGUUCUUGAUAAAUGUAUUGGGCACACGGUAGCUACUUACUGUCACUGAAACGUUGCGCUUUAUAAUUAAACAAUGAGAGACAGUUAACUUUGGUGCACUGCAGAAUAAUCUGCAUACCUCCCAGCCACUUGAUAUAUUCGUGUAGAUAUUUUAAGGAAUAAUUUGUCCCAAGAAAGAGAUAUAUUGUAGCUUAUUACAAUGCUGCACAGAGGAGAUUAAAAGUAUCCCAUGAUCUAUGGAAAUAAAAAAAAAAGCAUAAAAAAUAAACUAUAUCUUUAUAUUUCAAACAAAUUAUCAUACAUAAAAUGACUUUAAAAUGGCACGCAAUAGGUGUGAAGAAGAGGAAUUUUUAGAUAAUCUAAUGCAGCAACUCCCAUCUUCCUCAGCCAGGGCAGGAUAUGUGAGAAAUAUAAUGCAUCAAUUUAACUUUUUUUUUAUGUAAGAGAAAUUUAAGUAAAAUUUCAAUAAAUGUUUGCCCUCUAAUGUUUUUUACUGAACUUUAUGAUCAUUUCUCUGCUUUCAUCAUUAACCUUAAAAUUCAUUCUUAACCCCUUCAUUACCAGGCCAUCAGAAAACACUUUUUAUCUUGACAGUGACAAAAUGUUGUUCUUGAAUAUGUUAAACAUUGUUAAAAAAUAGCUCACAUUGGACCUUUUAUUUAAACAAACAGAUUUAAAAUAAUAUACCCAGCAGAAUAAUGGUACUUUUAUUUAGCUGCGCAAAUUGUUUAAGUCGUAUAAAAUUCGGUUAUUGAGUUGGGAAAUUUUGAUGGAUUGGGUAAUUGUUACGGUGACCAAACACAUCAAUUGGCAAGUUAUGUAAAAGUAAUUGAUUUUAAGACACUGUAUUUUUAUUCGGUAGCAGCAUAAUGAUAUGUACGAAGUGUGCUCUUAUACACAAGUAGUGUACCUUCCAAUGAAUCCUUAGUUUAACUUUGAAAAUCUAUUUGUAUACAAUUUAUCCCGAUAAUAAGACUCUUACAUUUUGUGUUUACGCUUCUUUGGGUUCACAUGAUUGUCUUCCUCCUUUUGUUAAUCAUUCAAUUCAGUGUUCCACUUAUUGUCACCACAUCUCGCUUUUCCAUUUCCAACAUGGAAUUGUUCUUAAGUAUUGACUGAGCCCCAGCUGUCCUAUUGUAGGGGUUGUCAAAGUCCAUUAUCCUGCUCCCAUCUGCUCCAUGAUCCAUGCUAUCCCCUAGGUAGAAACCCAAUGAUUGUACAUUUUCUGCAGCUUUUAUAGAAACCGACUGAUAUUCCGUUCAUGUUGAAUCUUUCUAACUUUUGUUUUUACAAAGUUUAACAAAGUUACUCUUCGUUGGAAUAGUGUGAAAUAUUGGUCACAUCCCACACUUUCUGUUUGGUGAUGUUUAAAACCUAGAUCAUUGGUAUUAAUAAAGAUGUAGUAGGGGAGGUAAAUGGUGUGUGUUCUGAAUGACUGAUCAGUUGUUUUAAGUCACUCAAAUAUAAUGCAGAGGAUACGGUGGAACGUGUACAUAUUCAAGACGUGCUUUCCUUUUUUUUGUCUCUAUUGUAGUUUUGGCAAUAUGGUAAUGUCUUUAAGACUAGUGUUAUUCUUAAUACAAAGCCAAGUUUGUUUUUGCGUUUCCCUUUCUUCAUUUAAAGUUUUAUUGAUCUGGAAUCCUUCCCAGUAUGGAUUUAGAUGACUCAGUGAAAGCAUUGUUUCUGCCCAAUCUUCAUAAAAAUGAAACUGUUAGUAUAUAAAGAUCUAUAUCAGACUGGUCUAAGCCCACUGUCAUGGCCUGGGAAUAAUUUACUUGGUGACAAGAUUUUUGGCAGUAACAAUAUAUAGUUUUUUUUGGCUCCAUUAGUAAGAAUUAAAUACAGGAAUGACUGUGGCAGAUCUUUGUCAUAAGACAGUUUAGUACAGUCAGUUCUAGUAAGGAGACAACUCUGAUGGAUUUUCAAGUCCCUUUUCUUGGUGAUCAAGGGCUGAGAGGGCAAACAGCACAAAUAUGAGGUCUGUCCAGCCUUUGUUAAUAUAACAAAUGGUUUGUGUGACAUCGAUGUAACCUGGCAGCCAAGGAAAUUUCCUCAAGAAGGUCAUAACCGGAGAUGAAUCAUGGGUCUAAGGCUAUGAUCUGGAAAUGAAGGCCCAGUCCUCCCAAUGGAGGUUUCCUGGUUCUUCACAUCCAAGGAAAAUGUGGCAAAGUCACUGCAAGAUCAAGACUAUGUUAACUAUGUUUUGUGAUUGGCAAGGUGUUGUCCAUCUCAAGAAUGCUUCUACAGCAACUUCUGGCUUUUCCCAAAACUAAAAUCACCUUUGAAAAGUAUGAAAUUUCAGACUGACAAUGAGAUUAAGGUAAAUAUGAAGAGGCAGCUGGUGGCGGUUCCAAAAAAGUAUUUUGCAGAGUAUUUUGAACAGUGGAAGACUCACUGGGAGAACUGUGUGAGGUCCAAAAAUACCUACUUUGAAGGGGACUGAGGCAUCAUUGUACUAUGUAAAAUGUUUCUUGUAUCUUGUAUGUUCAAUAAAUGACUCUAUUUUUCAUAUUAUAUCUUUCCGGACAGACCUCGUCUACCAAGAGGAAACCUAUUCACAGUUGUGCCACAAAUAGGAAAACAUAAUUACUAACUUCAGAAUAGUAAUCCAAUUUCUCCUUGGAUCAAUUAGCUAUUAAUACUUGACCUAUUAGCUGCCAUAAUACUGAAUGCCCCAUUUUCACAAACAAGAGAAUCUAGACAUUUUCAAGAAUCUUUGGAAACUGAUAACAUGACCUCUGUGUAGAGCAUUUCACAUCUUUUUUGUCCUAACUGUUAAUAACAUUUUGCUCUGCUUUUGGAGAAAUCUUUUUCAUCAAAUAUCAAUAUGGUAGUCCUUGUUGCCAGGAGCAGUUUGUUUUACCGCCAUAAGUAGAAUAUGAGCUGCAGAGUACACACUUGCAAAGUUACUUUCCUGAAGUGUCUUCUAUAUAUUUUAAACACAAUGAUUGAGCACAAACCCAGUUUCCAUAUGUGUAUUGUUCUGCUGUCCAAUGGACAUGUCCAUCAACUUUCUAAGUGCUUGCAAAAUGUUAUCAGCUCUGUGCUCCUAUAAGACCACGAAGAUGGAACAACUGUUACACCUACUACACCCCGAUACAGAUUGCAUAUAGAGCACUAAGUGAACUGCCUAAAAUUCUCAUUACCUAGAGGAGACCAGAGAGGGCAUUAUGUUCCUGCUGAAGGUGGUGUGUGGGUGAAGGCAGUUUCGAAAAAGCACUCAGUGCAGUUGCAGACUUGACAUACCUCCCAUUGCAUCAAUUAGUGAUACUUCUACUAGUCCUGCUGUUGCUAGGUGGUGAUUGCUCAGUAGGGCUGGUGCUGGCCCCACUAUACACCCACUUGGCAAAAACCUCUAAAUGUAAUUGAAAGACUAUAACACUUCCCUGGCCCUCUGUUCCUUUUCCCCUCCAUAGAGUCCAGCCGACACUCAUUCAUGUCUAUUUGCAAGUUAUUUCCUGAAUUGCAACAUACCGAACAAGUCAGCAGAACGUCUCAUAGUUCACCCUGGAACUCCAGUCUGCUUACCCAGAGUACUUUUUUCCGGUUAACUUGCCCUUCAGUUUUCAUACCUUAAUACCAUAGCACUCUUUGGAUGGGAGCAUACAGUUGGGAGAGGAACAAUCUCCACACAGAGACCCAGUUAAAAGACCCGCCAAUACCUCUAACUGCCUGGACAUGUUUUCGGCAAGAGACCAUGCCAACGGUCAGUCAGAACUUUAACGGGUUAGUGUUUGGCCAAAUCCCCUCAGAGUGCAAUUUGGACAAUUUGGGUGCUCAACCGAGAGCUCUCUGGGGACAUAAGACUUGUGGGGAUUCAUAACAGUUUUCCAUGUAUUUUGGGGGCUUUACUGUGUUCGGCUCUCUGUAUCCGGGAGUUAAUUAACUUACCGGUCUUUGACUCCAUUAUCUAACAAACACAGAGAUGCCUGGGUGGGAUCAAUGUGUGAAAGAAUGGAGAUCCCAUGCUGGGGGUCUGCGCAUAAAAGGCUGCAUUCUGAUCAAUAAAAACAGAUUUCACCCAUGACUAUGUCUCAUCUGGUUCUUGGGGGAAAGAGCUAUAAUCACGAACGCUUCCAGUUUGGCUGAGAGGAAAUUCUAACGGAGGUAACCAGUGGAGUUACUAGUGGUCCGCUACACCAAUAAAGUUGACUGGGGUGAAAAAAUAUGUAGUUCCCUAAGCUAAUGACUGCUCCAAAAGCUAGGUAAAUUCAGGAGUCACUUAACCUGGUGUCCAGUCAACGAGAAAAGAUUGAAGUUGUUGAACUGCCACAUCUACAGUAAGAAACGACUGUCUAGAAAUGGAUAAAGCUCAGCAGUUUUGAUACUCUUCCUAUAUGUGGGCAUUGUGCAACUACAACGGCAAAAAUACAGUGGGAAAUGCUCAGGAACAUUACGAGGAAUCCUAGAGAGUUUUAUUUUUAUAAACUGGGCACAGUGCAUAGAACUGUUUUAUUCCUAAAGUAGUAGAUUCAGUACCUCAGAAAUCAGAGGAUCAUAUGUUGUUAUUGACCUUAUGACACAGAUGAUUGACUGUCACCCCGGUUUGACACUCUGAAAUAGCUUCCAAGGUUCUUUGUAUUGACAUGUGGUCCAUGUCUGACCAGAGGGCACCCCUUACAGAGUGGAUACAAAUUCAACAAACUAUACACCUGUUUGCAUUUCUUUUAAAACAAUGUGUAAAGAACAGAUUUGUGUAGUCUACAUUGUGACAGAAGCUCUUUAAACAUUCUGUGAUAUCGCCAUUCCUUCUGUAGAAUACAUGACUGACUAUCUUUCAAUGCCUUAUGUUCACAGCAGUUUAUGUGCGGUUAUAAACACAAAGAUAAAGCACCACGCUUACAGCAGCAGUAGCUUAAUAUACAACAGCUCAAAAUACAAAAAAAACGUUACCUGCCUAAAUCCCUGUGUACAUUUAAACAAAAUGGAGUCUUUAGUAUGUGCGGUUAUACUUGAUGUAUAUCCACUUUGUGAUUCAUGCAUUAAAUAAAUACAUACAAAACCUUUAGAAUCAGAUUGUAUCCCUGUUAUGAGACUUCCUUGAACUCUACCAGUUUGCAUAAUUACAAACCAAAAUUAUAUUAAGCAUACUUUGAUACCGGAGAAACUGACGGAAGCAAAGCACAGAGGGAUGGACACAGGUUUCUUCAGGAAGGAAGAGAUUCUUUAUUGGAUCACCGACCGGGACUCAGAGGGACUAAUGUCACCAAAAAUACAGCAAGUUCUGAGCCCUGAACAAUAGUGCAGGCUCCCUAUAUAGGCACAUAACUCCUCCCAUAUUAAGCUCCACCCGCACAUUCUCUUGACCAAUCAUUACAAAUAAGAAUUAACUUCCUGCUUGACCGCAUGGCUUGUCCAGCACAAUGGAGGAGGGGAAUACUACAUCCUGUAUUCUUGCACAUGCUCCGUACACUACUGAUCGUAUCUUGCCUCGUGCAACCAACUGAUCGAUACGUCAGCAUAUGCACGUACACAUGCCACGUGGUAAUCUCGGCCUACUAAAUUUAUUUUUACCGAGAUUCCACCUCAUUCCCCCCUUUGAUGCCUCUUGAUAUUUUACAAUUACUUGAGGCAUCACUUAACCUUGGUUUGCAUACACCACAAGUUACCUUUGAACCAGACCAGACUUAUCCUACGAUGUGAAUCUUCAACACUCGUCUUCCUGCAUUGGUUCUCCCUGAUCUAGAGCCUUAUAUUUAUAAAUUGCCAUUAUCUGUGCAGCAGCCUUCCUCUCUGCUAUAUUUUCUAUCAGGCUUUGCACAGACCUAACUACUAAGGGUAUAAGACACGGCAGGAGUAGACACAACAUUAAAAUCAGUAGGACUCCACCUACCACUGCCUUAAGCCCUCCAAACCACUCAUACCAGCUACCAAACCAACUACUUGGAUUGUACCCUUUCCAUACCUGAGUAGGCACAUGCGCUAGUUUAACCAUAUGGCUAGUAAGCUCAGCUAUUGCUUGCCCUUCGUCAUCUAUUUGAAGACAGCAAUUGCUCAGGUUAAACUUCCCACAUACACCUCCCUCUACUGCCAAAAGAUAAUCCAAGGCUAAUCUAUUUUGGUAAACUGCUGUCCUCAUCCUGGUAUUAUGCUUCGCUAGAAGAUUGAGCGCUUGUGAUGUCUCGUUAGUAAUGAUCUCAACCACCGCCUGUAACCUUAUAAUGCGGUUGAGCAUAUAAAUAGGGGUUCUAUAACCAAAGGUACCAUCCUCUGCCCACGUGGCUGGCCCAUAAUAAUCUAUAAUACGCUGGGGAGGCCAUUCAUUAUCUUCCCAGGCACCUAUCUCUAUGGGUCCCCUUUUCUUCCUAUGAUUCACAUCAUACACUUUAACACCUAAAGUCUCACCUGUUUCAAUAGGCAACAAGAAGGAUGGUUUUAACAUACCCAACACACAUGCCCCUUCCCAGUCCUGUGGUAACUCCGAAUAGGCCUUCUUACCACAGAUCCAGUACAAAUUCGCUGGGGCUCUCCAGUUAGAUGUGAUGGAUAGAUCAAACCAUACGUCCUUUAAAUUGGCAUAUCCUGCAAACGGGUUAGAUGGUUCUGAGACAUUUGAAGCCGACCACCAAGUUGUAUUCUUUGUAUCAUCAUCAUAAGCUUUUUGCCCUAGACAAGUUAAUUCUCCUACAGAAGUAUUAUACAUCAUUCCUUUCCUCGCUAUGCAAACAUAACCUAUGAUGGAGGUCUUCAAUCUCCACUCAGAUUUACCUCUAACACUCAUAUGAUAGUCGGCUUGUGUAGAUAUUAAUUGGUCAACUGCCUCAGAACCGGACAUUACCUCCUUUGCUUCCCAAGGCCAUUGGUCUCCCAUGUUAGUACCUCCACACACAUAGCAGUUGGUAACAUUAAGACUACCGGCAAUACUCUCGGCUAAAUCAAUGAACAAGUUUUUAGCAUUAUGGGGGAUCUUAUUAUCUAUGCUCAUCUCUUCAUAAAAGGAAUGGUAUACUUGAUGAGUUUGGGAGGUUACCGUAUCAGACUCUAUCCCUAUAAACAAUAUUGUCCCAGGGUCUAAACCCGUCCCAUAUAUUUGAAACCCAAAUAAAUUACCAUAUUUAUCUAAGAACUUGUCAGGGUUAUUUAUAAGUAUAUGGAUUGGAUUGCAUUCCAUAGACUUACAAUAUGGAUUAGUAGGCAACUUAGUCACAAUCAUGUCCUUGUCUGCUGUCUGUCCCCAAGUCGCCCACCCCACACAAGACCAAUAUGGGCAGAAGUUAUAAUCUCUAUUUGGGCAUCUUGGACUUACAUAUUUAUUUUUACUACUGGGACAAAUAUAUUUAUCGUUAGACCCAUACGUCCUCUCCCAUCUAAGAUCCCCACAUACAUUCCACGGCUUUCUACCACUUGAUAUUGCUUUACACGCAUCAAAUAGCAGAGCACCUGAAGAAUAUACGGAUUUUAAUACCGUCUUAUUAAUUAGGGUCCCCUGAGAAUCUCCAUUUCUGAGAGUCAACCAAAUUGUACGGGGUUGAUACUCAGGACUGAAGCACUUAGGUUCUCCUACUCCUAAAUGACACACACUAUAUUCUAUAUUUAAGUAUCUACAUCUUGAUACAUCUCCUUUACACUCAUAUUGCGAAUGCCAAAUUAGGGUCUGGGAUAUAUGGUUACCUGUUCUUGUAGUCUUAAUGCAUACCUCACAGCUAGGAGUGUUGGUACCUCUACCUUCCUGAAUAUAAAAAUACACAUAAAUAAACAUUAUUAAAAAUACAUCUUUCGUCGUCAUCCUCAGUCUUCGUCCGUGUGAAGGCACCUCAGCUUCCAGGAUGUAAGGACUGCAGGGAAUGGAGUUCUGCUCGUCUUCACAGGGGUCCCCUCAAGACUUUCCCUGACUUAUACACUCGUUGGUGAGUGGACAGGCUUUAUUAUGGCCUUCUCACUCACUUACCAAGUCUCUGAAACAAUAAAAUUUGUAAUCUACAAGGUUCCUCGUCACUCCGACUGAGUCGUGCGUUUUAACCGGAUCUUGCAGGGAUUCUCUGGAUUUGCUGUAACUUGCCAGGAAUCGGCUGCUGCUGGUUUAACCCUGGAGUGAUGUAUCCACGGAGCCACUUCGGCUACUUUUAUCGCUGUAGGGGUAGACAGAAGAACAACAUAAGGACCUCUCCACUUGGGCCCUAACGGCACAUUAUUCCACUCUUUAAUCCACACUUGGUCGCCUGGGUGGUAACUAUGAAUUGGGGGAUAAAUAUUCACAGGUAAUCUAUCUUGUACCCAUUUCUGUACCUCCUCCAUAGUCUUACCCAACUCUACAACCUGCUGCCGGGUAAUUCCUUCUCCCAACUGACUCAAAUCCCCCCUUAAGUUACCAAGCACGGGAGGUGGUCGCCCGUACAUGAUUUCAAAAGGAGAGAGGCCCAUCCUUCUGGUAGGUGUACUACGGAUUCGCAAUAGAGCUAUGGGCAAGAGAACGUUCCACUUAAGUUGGGUUUCCUGACACAUUUUAGCCAACUGAUUCUUAAUAGUUCUAUUCAUUCUCUCUACCUUACCAGAACUCUGGGGUCUAUAUGCCGUAUGAAGCCUCCACUUUAUACCAAGCAUAUGAGUCAAUUGUUGUAGGCACUGAUGAACAAAAGCUGGACCAUUGUCCGAUCCUAUAGAGCAGGGUAGUCCAUAUCGGGGUAUUAUUUCUCGUAGCAGGAAUCUCACGACUUCUCCUGCUUUCUCUGUACGAGUAGGACAUGCUUCUACCCAGCCUGAAUAGGUGCACACCACUACCAGCAGGUAGCGAUGUCCACCCGAUUUAGGCAUCACUGUAUAGUCAAUUUGUAAAUCGGACAUGGGAAGUCCCCCCAUAAACUGGACUCCUGGUGGCUUUACUGGUCCUUGUCUUGCAUUAUUUUUAGCACACGUUACACAUCUACGUACAAUGGCCUGAGUCAAGUUGGACAAUCUUGGUAUGUAGAAAUGUUUUCUGAGAGAUUCUUCUGUACUGUCUCUCCCAGAAUGUGUCCCGUUAUGAUAGUUUUGGACAAUUUCUACCGCUAGUGAUGCUGGAAUAACUAUUCUUCCAUCUUCUAACUGAUACCAUUUGUUCUCCAAAUACUUUCCAGGUUCAGUCCUUAACCACUCCUCUUCUUGAGCUGUAUAAAUUGGAGUCCAUUGAGACAGUGGAGUUGGUAUAAGAGCAGCUAUAUGCCCCACAUAUUCCUGUCUUCCUGAUUCAGCAGCACGCUUAGCUGCACUAUCUGCCAUCCGAUUCCCUUUGGUUACAUCACCAUCUCCUCUCAGAUGCGCCCGACAAUGUAUAAUACCGACUUCUUUCGGCUCCCACACUGCUUCCAAUAGUUGUAGGAUCUCAGCUGCGUAUUUGAUUUCUUUGCCUUCUGAAUUCAAUAGUCCUCUUUCUUUAUACAAAGCUCCGUGGGCAUGAGUGGUUAAAAACGCAUACUUGGAGUCCGUGUAGAUGUUCACUCUUAAACCUUCAGCCAAUUGUAACGCUCGUGUCAGUGCUAUCAAUUCUGCCUUUUGUGCUGAUGUUCCUUUUGCCAGUGGCUGAGCUUCUAUCACCUUGUCUAUCGUUGUUACUGCAUAUCCUGCAUAGCGGAUCCCUUCUUUUACAUAACUACUGCCGUCGGUGUAAUAUUGAACAUCAGGGUUCUGGAUGGGAAAAUCACGAAGAUCUGGUCUACUUGAAAAUACUUCAUCCAUUACUUCCAAACAAUCAUGUUGACUUUCAGUAGGUUGUGGCAAAAGGGUAGCUGGAUUUAAGGUAUUUACAGUCUCUAAAUGCACUCUUGGGUUUUCACACAACAUUGCUUGAUACUUGGUCAUACGGCUGUUACUAAACCAAUGAUUUCCUUUGUAAUCCAACAACGUCUGUACUGCAUGUGGAACUCGUACAUAAAGUUCUUGACCCAGAGUGAGUUUAUCGGCUUCAGCUACUAGCAGGGCGGCUGCAGCUACAGCUCUUAGACAAGGUGGAAGUCCGCUGGCCACUGCAUCCAGUUGCUUAGACAUGUAGGCAACAGGUCUUUGCCAUGAUCCCAAGUACUGUGUCAAUACUCCCACAGCCAUUCUUCUUUGCUCAUGUACAUACAGGUAGAAUGGCCGUGUGUGGUCAGGUAGACCUAAUGCUGGGGCACUCAUCAAAGCCCUCUUCACAUCUUCGAAUGCCGUUUGCUGUUCUUGAGUCCAUAAGAAGGGGUCGUGCUCUGUACCUUUGAUAGCUGCAUACAGAGGUUUUGCCAGUAUCGCGUAGCUGGGAAUCCAUAUCCUACAGAAGCCUGCUGCCCCCAAGAAUUCUCGCACUUGUCUUCUAUUCCUGGGUAUCGGUAUUUGGCACACAGCUUCUUUUCUCUCUGGCCCCAUAAUUCUUUGACCUUCAGAGAUAUGGAAUCCCAGAUAUUUGACAGUUGGCAAACACAACUGAGCCUUCCUUCUUGACACCUUGUAUCCUGCCUUCCAGAGAAUGUGUAGUAGAUCGUGCGUUGCUUGCUGACAUACUUCCUUUGUAACUGCUGCUAUCAACAAGUCAUCUACAUAUUGUAAUAAUACACACUCUCCUGGGAUAGACUCGAAAUCUAGUAGAUCUUGACUUAGAGCUGAACCAAAUAGGGUAGGUGAAUUUUUAAACCCCUGGGGCAAUCUUGUCCAGGUCAUUUGGCGUUUCGAGCCCGUUACAGCAUUUUCCCAUUGGAAAGCGAAGAUACAUUGGCUUUCUGCGGCAAUUCGGAGGCAAAAGAAGGCAUCUUUGAGAUCUAAGACUGUAAAGUAAGUAGCCCCGCCCGGAAUUAAAGCAAGCAGGUUAUAUGGAUUGGGCACGACUGGAUGUAUACUAACAACCGCAUCAUUGACUGCUCUCAAGUCCUGCACAGGUCGAUACUCAUCUGUACCGGGCUUUUGAACAGGCAGCAAUGGGGUGUUCCAGGGGGAAGUACAGAAUUUUAGGAUACCAUACCGUAUGAACUUAUCCAGAUAAGAUUGGAUGUUCUUCUUAGCCUUCUGCGGAAUAUGAUAUUGUCUCAGGCUUACUGGAUAAACCCCAAGUUUUAGUUCGAUUUUAAUAGGUGGAAUAUUGCGGGCCAGUCCUGGUGGGUUGUUCUCUGCCCAAACUCCUGGUAUGUUAAAUAAGGAUUCAUCACUCCUCGGGUUUUGGCUAGUCAACACUGUAUAAAGUCGCCACUCUUCUUCCUUUGGUACGGACAAUGUCAUAAUACCUGAGGGUCCAUUAAACUUUAAGGAUGUUGUUCCAUUUGGUAGGAGCGUAAUCUGCGCUUGUAAUUUGGAUAGCAUAUCACGUCCCAGCAAUUGGACUGGACACUCAGGCAUAUAAAGGAAUUGAUGUUUUACUACGUGGCCUCCCAAUGUACAGAGUCGACUUUUAAGAACCGGUUUUUCAGCACUUCUUCCAGUUGCUCCUAUUACAGUAAUAGUUCUUCCAGAUGGAGGAGCAACUUGAUUAGUCACCACCGAAUGUUCAGCACCAGUGUCGAUCAUAAACGCACUCCUUUUUCCCCCUAUUGAUACAUCGACCAUAGGCUCCGCUCGACCAAGGGGGAUGGAGCCCGGUCGGUAUCAAUAGUCCUCCAUGACCGUGUCAGCCAAUCCCACAAAGUCCCUACCUUCUCUAUCGCGGGACCUUUGCGCUGCUGGAUAGUACCUAUCUUCCCUUACACUUCCUCUGUUCCCAUUACUCCCUCUAUUACCAUUACUCCCUCUAUUACCAUUACUCCCUCCGGGGCCUCCUCUACCUCUCGCUCUGCCUCUAAAGUUUCCGUAACCUGCCCUGGGUAAGUCUCUCUCAUACUGCUCUCUUUGCGGACACUCGUUCCUCCAAUGCCCUUCUUCCUUACAGUACGCGCACUGAUUCCUACUCAAAGGCUCCCUAUUCCAUCUACCAUCGCCUCUAUCUGGGCCCCGUCUAUCUACGCCUGCGAUCGCUACCGCUAGCAUAUCUGCCUUUCUACGCAUCUUGCGCUCUUCCUCUUUCUUACUUUCUGUUUCCCUAUUCAUAUAUACUUUGUUCGCUACCUCCAUUAGUUGGGUGAUAGACAUACCUGCAAACCCUUCUAAUUUCUGUAGCUUGCGCUUAAUAUCUCCGUAAGCUUGGCUGACAAAGGCGGAGUUUACCAUUCGGGAAUUAUCAGCGUCUUCCGGAUUAAAGGGGGUAUACAAGCGGUAUGCCUCCAAUAAUCGGUCAUAAAAGACACUGGGCGCUUCAUCACUUUUCUGAAUCACCUCAACUGUCUUCGACAUGUUAAUAGCUUUCUUCCCUCCGGCUUUCAUGCCAGCAAUUAUAGCAUCUCUAUAGGCUUUAAGUUGAGCCAUAUCUGCGCCAUUUACAUUCCAGUCAGGAUCGGUGUUAGGGUAAUGUGUUGCGGCCCAUGCUGCCGGAUUGGCUUGAUUUAAAGCACGGGCUCUCUCCUCUAGCGCCUUAAUGGCCGCUUGGUUAAUCCUUGUCCUUUCCUCAUUAUUGAACAAUGUCAUUAAUAACUGCUGGCAAUCAGCCCAUGUCGGGUUAUGUGUCUGAACUAUCGAGGUGAACAGAUCGGUCAUAGCUUGUGGUUUCUCAGUGUACGAGGAAUUGUGGGUCUUCCAAUUCAAGAGAUCGGUAGUCGUGAACGGGACAUAUACGAAGACUGGGUCAGCAUGUGCCAUUUGACCUGCGGCAUCGAUAUAGGCUGACCCAGGAUUCAGACGAAGAGGCAUCUGAUAAUGUUUUAAUUGUUGGGUACCGGUCAGUUGUCGGGUUAGUAUGGGGCUACGUGGAGGGGCGUCAGUUAAAGGUUCCGGUCGAGAGGUAAUAGGGCAUGAGGAUGUGGGAACUUGAUUUUGGGAAAAGUUAGUGAAUAGUAUACUCCGAGCCGAGCUAGAAGAAGCUUGACCGGAAGUUUGAAGUGGCGCCAAAUCAGGAUAUUCAAAUCUAAUGGGGGUUGGUCCUGGUUCCGGAAGGGGAGUUUUAAUACGAGGGGGGGUGGAUUCUGUACUGGAGGAGGAAGCGGAAGUGGAUGGGGGCAAUAGGGGAAGGGGUGCAGAGCUUCCUGCAUUCGCGUCACUUCCUCUUAAAGGAAAGUAAGGGGGCGGCAAAGGGAUCUCGGACUCAGGGGGCGUGUCCAAAAUGGGCCUAACACCAGUCCUAGUGGACAAACAAGUCCUGGCCACCAUGAGGCGACAUUGCUCCUCGUGGCAUAUCCGGAUCCAUUUUGGCGAGUCGUUUACGGCCUGCCCCAACAAUCAAUGUAUGGAAACUGUCCGUAAAGUUCAGGCCUACCUGACACAGCCACGUGUACACGCUGUACCAGGGUUGGAUCCAAACUGCCACGCGGCGGCCAUGCCGCAACCAAAAUAGGCCACUCCCUAGUGCACAAAGUGACCAAACGUACAGGAGACAUUUUAACCCCAAAAUCACAUGUUUUGAAUCCCUUUUUAAAAUUCUUUACCAUACAACCUAAGGGAUCCGAAAUCGUUGACUCUGACGCGCCCAUACUUAUCAAUGGAGCGUCGUUGACAACGAAUACUAUGCACGCGUUCUUAUUCAACAGUCACACCCGUUUCCUCUGGCAACAGCACCACGUGGUACAGUUACCGAGUGAAACGUACACAAUAACACAAUAAUCACUCAGGGAAUUCCCGUACACACACAGCUGUUACACCAGUCACUAAAUAAUCAAUAUUAUGCCCUUUGGCGAAACUAUACAGUCACCCACGCUAUAAUUCUCUAUAUAUGAAUUACCCGUCUAUAACACACCCCAGUAACAUCGUCUUUUACUAGUAUCGGUUACAGUACGGUUAGCAUAGGUCAAAGCACAAUUUAAGGUCACAUACAAUUAUUAGUGGUUACGGUGUUAAACAUGCAAUAGACGACAAUGAUUAGUACUUAUAUACAGUGUCAGUAAAUAUACAGGGUUAUGGUACCGUGCACUAUGAUACAGCAACACACUAUUAACACUCUCGCUAGACGGCUGAGCUCGCGCUAUCUAACAAGAUAUACACUUUACUAACAAUCUUUAACACAUUUACAAUCCCAACUAAACUAUUGGCCAGUACCUUGAAUGGACUACCUAAAACUAUAUACACCCGUUUUGGUUAGCCACACUGCCCAAACACCACAUAUAGCGAACUAGAGGGCGAAAUUUACAAAAUUGCCCUUCUAGUCUAUUUACUCUAUCAAAAGUCUAGUGGGUUCCAAAUUUACACGCCUUCCCACUUAGCCAAGAUAGGUUGAGAGCUAGCGAACCGAAUUUACACAGGCGCCGCUUAGUCUCCCGGUCCCUCCGACCUAGCGAACGUAAUAUACACCCUAGAACGCUAGUCUAGACAAGACACCGGUGUCCGGCUAGGGCUAUUUACACAGGACCCCGCCUGACUAACCAGAUCAAACGGUCUUACUAAAGAGCGUUCGAUCGAGCGGUGCGCCUUCGCUCCUUCCCUCCGACAGAGGGGGCAGAUUCCAUACACAGAUUUAAACCCCUUUUGGGCCUACCGCACAAUCGGUAUACCCCUAGUGGGUCUGCCGUCUAAAACAGCAGUUGUCUUACCUCCUCGUUCCUGAACCUGAGUUCACACUCAUCGACGGGGACACCCCAGCACUUCUUAUGUAGAGGCCGAUGAUCUCCUGGACAACAGACCAGUGGCGCCGAGACGAAGGGAGGUCCACGCAGAAGUUCAGGGGUGCAGCCGUAGAGAACGUGGGCAAAGAUAGACCGUCUCACGCCUCUGCCUCUCAGCUACCGUUGAACGAUGAGCUUCCCGGCCAAUGCACCAAAUGAUACCGGAGAAACUGACGGAAGCAAAGCACAGAGAGAUGGACACAGGUUUCUUCAGGAAGGAAGAGAUUCUUUAUUGGAUCACCGAUCGGGACUCAGAGGGACUAAUGUCACCAAAAAUACAGCAAGUUCUGAGCCCUGAACAAUAGUGCAGGCUCCCUAUAUAGGCACAUAACUCCUCCCAUAUUAAGCUCCACCCGCACAUUCUCUUGACCAAUCAUUACAAAUAAGAAUUAACUUCCUGCUUGACCGCAUGGCUUGUCCAGCACAAUGGAGGAGGGGAAUACUACAUCCUGUAUUCUUGCACAUGCUCCGUACACUACUGAUCGAUACGUCAGCAUAUGCACGUACACAUGCCACGUGGUAAUCUCGGCCUACUAAAUUUAUUUUUACCGAGAUUCCACCUCACUUUACUCUGUAAAGUUUACAAAAUAAUAUUUCCUCAUAUAAUGUUUUUUUGUUCAGUGUAGAUGCAGUCUUUUUUUAUGUAGAAUAUUAUAAACAUAUUGGAGGUCUUUUGGUGGAGCUACCACAUUUACCGCAUUUUACAGAUCACAUAGGAUUUAUUUUAUAAACUGCUGGCAAAAUUUAAAUCCAUUAUUUGUAGAAAUAUAAUUUUUUUAAAUGGUAGAUAAAUGACAUCAGAAAAAUAAAAUGGUAAGUUUUAACGUAAAAUAUUAAUAUUAUUCUAAAGUGUAGGAUUAAUGACUAUAGGUAUUUGGUACCAUUCUUCCUGACUGAUAUAUAUAAAAAAGAUGCUUUACAUCUAAUAAUUAGUAAUCCUCUCAUUUAAAAAAUAAAUAAAUGAAGACUUUUAAAUUAUUUUAUAUUUAUUUGAUGAUGUCUGGCAAAUCCCUCCCAAAACACGGACCAUGCAAAUAGACUCCAAAAUAAUUUAAAAAAAUAUUCUAUGUGACUUGAACAUUAAAGGACCACUAUAGGCACCCAGACCACUACAGCUUAAUUAACUGGUCUGGGUGCCAGGUCCAGCUAGGUUUAACCCUUUCUUCUAUAAACAUAGCAGUUUCAGAGAAACUGCUAUGUUUACCUAUGGGUUAAUCCAGCCUCCAGUGGCUGUCUCUUGACAGCCGCUAGAGGUGCUUGCGUCCAUAGGAAAGCUGAAUGCGCGCACAGCUCCUGCUGCACAUGCGCAAUCAGCCAAAGAGGAGGCGGAGAGGAGGAGGAGAGCUCCCACCCGGCGCUGGAUAAAGAGGUAAGUUUAACUCCUUCCUCUCCCCAGAGCCUGGCGGGAGGGGGACCUUGAGGGUGGGGGCACCCUCAGAGCCCUAUAGUGCCAGGAAAACGAGUAUGUUUUCCUGGCACUAUAAUGGUCCUUUAAUGGUUAGAAAAAGAAGGGUUUGUUUCAGUAAAACGCAAUAAAUUGCUCAACAAAAUGUCAGAGAGCCUGAAAAUGUUUAUUUUUGUUAUUUUGCAAUUUGGCUUCAAUCUAUGCCACUGGGAAAAACGUAUGUAGGAGGUGAGGGGUUAAUAACCAAACAGGAUAUGAGCACCCCAUAUACAUUUAGACUAGGGACAGGGUGUCCCCAUGUCCCCUGGAAGACAAACAAUGUGUCCUUCUUCUCCAAUGAGAAUUAUAGCCUGUGUUAUAUAUAUUGCCUAUUUGUUAUACUUAAGAGUAAAUUUGACAGUGGCUGCAAUUAUUGUCAUUACACUUACCAGAAUACCAAUUCAUUUUUUGUGCACGAUGUAGUAAAUAUUGACUUUGAAAUGCAUCACCUUGAAUAUUCCUUGUUCUAUAAAGAAGGUCAAAUCAUUUUAAGAAACCAUUAAUUUGCAUGCAAACAUUAAAAUGAUGCAAGAUAUAUUGUGGUUGUGUUAAAUAAGAAUUUGGAGUUAAAACGUAGACUGUGCGUACUGCUAUAAUGGCUUUCCCAGGCAUGGAAGGGUUAGUGUAUUAUGUGCCAGGAGAUUGUGCAUAAUACAAGUUGUGAAUAUUUAUGGGCUUCUGCUUUUAAUGCAGGCUGGGUAUAUGUCUGGGAUGCUGGCACCUGUGGGAGUUGGAAUCAGCGGUGCCCUAACCAUCCUUGGAGUUCUGUACAGCAUAAAGAUUAUAAAUCGCCGCAGGAGAAAUGGCUUCAAACAGCAUAAGAGAAAGGUAUGAUAGAAUAUCAGUGAAACUUGAUCUUUAUUCACUAUUCAAAUCUGUAAAUUCACUCAUUAACCUUGAGGAGUCUUUCACUCUGAAAUAAAACUACAAACAAAAAAAAAAAGUUUGUUUUUUUUGUUUUCCCCUCUCCCAUCAUAUAUUGCUGCACAGUCAUUGAAAUUGUUUUAAUCUCUCUUUCUCCCUCUUAUUUUCCUUACCAAGCAGAGAGAAUUUAACAGCAUGCAAGACCGGGUAAUGCUCUUAGCUGACAGUUCCGAAGAUGAGUUUUGAAUCGUGACUCCUCGAGAGUUGGAAUGCUCAAUGAAAGAUUUCUAAAAAGAAAAGAAAUUUCUACAAUCUCACUGCUAUCCUCCAGCUGUCUAACACUCUGUAGUGACUACCAAUGAGUUGGGAUCAAUGGCAUUUCCUAUAAAUUAUACCUGUUUUUUUAUACAACUGGGAUAUGACAUGUUGUAUACCAGUGUUGAUUGUAGUCUUUGUACGGAUACCCUGACUCCCGAGGGAGCAGCAAUUACCCAACUCCACGGAGUACACUGGUCCCCUUUGUGCAAGUGUGGUUUGUUUUCUACCCAGUUAUUCUGUUUGUUCUGGGUUACAUUGUAUUUAUCAAUGUACUGAGUCUUGUGAAAAACACCACAAAAAAAGACCACCACAAAAAAGAACCAAUGCUACGGUAGCUAAGAUGUCCAACGUGACAUGAUGGGCUCUUUAAUCAAGAUAAAAUAUGCAUCACAUUUUGGGGUUCAAUAUUUUCAGAAUCUGGUUCAAAAUAAUAUAAUAAUAUAAUAUCUGGGUUUGAAAUUUUAAAGUGGGUAGUCGGAUGGCAGUUAUGUUUAUUGGAGGAGCGGGGGUGGGAAAUGAUGGCCUUAAAUUAUGCUUUUAAAUAUAUGUAUAGAUUUUCUGGGUAUAUGUUGCCUCAAACCCAUGCUUUUAAGCUGUAUGAAUAUAUUCUGGGUGUGUAUGACAUUGAUCUUUGUACAAAAAAAAAGCAAUAUGCUUGAAAUGCAAGGUAUGCAAGAAAGCUCCACGUACAGCGUGUGGACUUUUAAUGAUUGAUGAUCAUUAAGAAAUUUAGAUUUUCUGGAACUCUGGUUCAUAAGAAAUUUACUCCAGUAGACUCUAUGCGGGAUAAAAAGGUAGUUGAAGAUCUUCGGUAUAGGAAUUCUGCUGAUCGCACGAUGCAUUAUAUAAAUGUUUAAACUAGUAUACAAACUGUGAAUUAUCGGGACAGUUUUGUUUCUGCUGUAAAUAAGGGAGUUCUUAAACGGAGCUUAAUGAACAAAAGCUGCAAUGUUUAUUCAGUAGGUUUAUUUGAAUAUGUGGUGUACUUCAUGUUGAUGUCUUAGUGUCUACUGCACAUGUGAAAAGUGUAGAGUACUGCUGCAUGCAAAUGGACGUAUUGUUUGUUCCUGCAGCAAUGGUGCCACCAUUUGGCCGAUGGAACUGCAUUUAGUGCAGCUAGAGAUAAUUUAUUUUUAGAUUAUACAGAUAUUGUAGUCAUACUCAGCUAUUACAGUCAUACUCAAAGCAACACAAUUAAUGCAUAGCUUAUCAUUGUAGUUAUUAUGGAGCAAUGGGUUUUUGGGUACCACCACCCCUCCCCACAAUAUUAUCUGGGAAAUUAUUUAUGAAUGCAGUGACAUAAAUUGGGCAUUUCCAUGGCACCCAACCCAUGCCCUUCUGUACUUUACUGGUAUAAUAACGGCUAAAAUAUGUUACAUUUCUGCGUUACACAUCUAAAUCCGGGCAUUUCUGGAUGCAAUGAUUGGCAUACAACUAUCCUGCCUCAAUGCCUGCAAACUGCCUUGGGGUGCUGGAGAGCCACUACAAUGAGUAUCCCUAAUAGCAACAUUGAUUUCUCAACCUGGUAUACUGCCAUUGCAGAGAUAUAUUUAUACAAGUAGAUAUAUCAGAUCAUACUAUAUGUUUCACUUUGUUUUGACACCACCUUUGUUCUUGUAUGCAUCUACUCUGCACUCUCACUAUCCCACAUUUGGUAUUUCGUGGAACAGUCCCACUUUGUUCUGCUGUCCUUAUAGUGUUUCACUAUGGGAAUACCAGAGAAAAUGUUUUAAAAAAUUGCAGCAUAAGUGCCCCAUUGACCUGGGCAAACUACACUCGGGACAUUAAGGCCACGAGGGAAUGCUUCGGUAGCACUUUACACAUGUGCUUUCCUUAAUGGGACUGGCCGUCACUGCUGACAAUCGUUAUAAAAUGCUCACUUAUGGGAUGGGAUGCAUCGUUUUUCUCAGUGGCUCCACACCCAUGGCAUAACCAUUGGCUGGCCUGCCACACCUCAGUCACAAAUAAAUACUUCCCAUUGCUGUAAGGUAUGCACUAACUACUGAAAUGCAUUUUAAUUAAAUGUCAAUAUUUUGAGCCCUGAUACUGAAAUCAGUCUGAUCAAGUAAUGUUAUACUUUUUUUUCUAUUUAUUGUGAAGAAAGCUCUAAUUUCUUAACUUGUCUGAACUUGUUGAAAAUAAUUUGAUGGCUAGCUACUCUUUGACGCAUUCAUAAGGCAAUUGGUAAUAAAUAAUAUUAAAAACUGAUCUUAUAGUACAUUUUCCAGCCUUGCUAAUUACCACGAAACCUUGCGUAGUACCUAAGUAAUUACCUUUGCACCUUAUUCCCUAUGGCCCCAUAUUCCUGCUUUAAACUUAGAAAAAGAUUUUGUGUACAUGCAAUCAUCUUAGAGAUCCACAUAGAGCAAUAAACCCACAGUAAUGUGUGAUGUAUAUGAGUUUACCAUGUUGUUCCACAGCAAUAAAACAUUAAAUAAUGCUAAAUUAUUAUUAUUAUUUUUUAGCACUGUUUACCUAUUACAAGAGCAUAAAAAAUGAAAGUGAGUGAGUAAAAAAUUUGAGGAAUCAAUCAAUUGUUCCUGAAUUCCAAAUUAUAAAUGCAUGGAUAAAUUGUGUUUUUAAUGUGAUUGGCACGAAAAAAAACGAAUGCAAUUUUUAAAGGGACAAGUUCUCUCUUUAGUAUACCAUAGUAUUGGAGGUUUUAUCUAACAGGACUUAUUCCCCAUUUCACUGCUCAAUAAAAUGUAUAUUUGAAUAAACAUUAUCGAUAACAGAUCUCAAAAACCUGUUUUUGUAAAAGAGGCAGAUCAGUCUAGUACAGGGUAAAAUAAAUUCCUUCAAAUUGAUAUCUGAGUUUCUCUCAAAAAAAUUCCAGGCUUCUUGCAGCAAUGACGUGCGGAACUCACAUCUGACCUCAGCGUGCAAUUUAUUUUAUACGACCCUUUUAAGAAUAGUUUUCGCCUCACAUGUCCAUGAUCACACGUCCAUUUUGUACGACACUUUACAAAAUAAAAUCUUAUUUAAUGGAAUUGAAUUCGGUGACUUUAUUUACCUAAUAAAUAAUAAAAGGCUGCGCUACCAGUUGGUGUGAAGAAAAAGAGAGAAUGAAAAACAAGCUAACAAUCAGUAGCAUUAGGAAUGUUUAAUAGAAUUUAAAGGGACACUAUAGUCGCCAAAACAACUUUAGCUUCAUGAAGUCAUUUUAAUGUAUAGGCCAUGCCCCUGUAGUCUCCCUGCUCAAUUAUCUGCCAUUUAGGAGUUUAAUCACCUCCCCUGUCUUUGACUGACACAGG